AUGUCAGUGCGGGUGCGGAGGAUGUAUUCUGUCAAACUGUGCAAGAAAAGGUGACAAUUAUUGCUACUGCAAUUACAAUUAUUUAUAUAGCACCAACAUAUUCCACAGUGUUGUACAACAGGUAGACAAGGCAAACAUUUCAUUAUAACAAAACAUUUAUGACAUAUAUGGAACAAUAGGUAAAGACACCAGGUCCAAACACAAUCUAAAGGUAGAAUAUAAUAUUAUUUUUUAUAAGGUAAUUGAUACUCUUGGACACUAUAGUCACCAAAACAACUUUAGCUUAAUGAAGCAGUUUGGGUGUAUAGAUCAUGACCCUGCAGUCUCACUGCUCAAUUCAAUGCCAUUUAGGAGUUAAAUCACUUUUGUUUCUGUUUAUGCAGCCCUAGCCACGCCUCUCCUGACUGUGACUGACACAGCCUGCAUGAAACAAAUUAUUCUUUUUCAAUCAGAUGUUUUUUUGCUUUAGAAGUUUUUAACUCCAGCUCUGUAAAUUGAACUUUAAUCACACACAGGAGGCUCCUGUAUGAUCUAGUAGGUUAUUAACAAAGCAGGAGAUAAUACAUUCUACAUUAAACAGACUGUGCAAUAAUGUAACAUAGAAUAUCUAGGCUCCUUCACAGGAAGUGCUUUGGAAGGCUGUGCAAGUCACAUGGAGAGAGGUGUGGCUUGGGCUGUAUAAACAAAGUGAUUCAACUUUUAAAUGGAAGAGAAUUGACCAGUGAGACUGCAGGGGUAUGAUUUAUACACCAAAACUGCUUCAUUAAGCUAAAGCUGUUUUGGUGCCUAUGGUGUCCCUUUAAGGGUAAUGUGAUGGGAGUGGAUUGCUCAAAUGUGAGUAAUUGGGGCUAAUUAACACACAUUGCUUAUUCUAAAUUUACAGGGAAAGGCUAGGUUAUCAGUUUAGCAUUUUUAGUCUAAACCUUGAAAUUAACUAAUUUCCAAAUAUUUCACUCUCUAGUGAAUAACUCUGUCACUGUUUAUUGUAAUUCACUAAUUCACUAAUGUGUGAGAUAUCCGAAAUGAAAAAUGAAUUUAAAACUUGAAACCAAAAUACUAUAGUUGAAAGAUAUAUCAGCUAGAAUAUCCUGUUUGUCCAUUUUGGCUUAAAAUGUUAAAUUCACUUUAAUUGUUAAUUACCAGGGCCGUCUUUAACGUGGGGCAAAUGUGGCAGCUUCCCCAGGCCCAGUUACUCUGAGGGGGGUGGGGGGGUCCUGCUGCCCUCAAGUAUUUAUUUUGUCCCCCAUGGGCACCCCAGUGCAGCUGAUGGCCCGCACACUAAGAAGGCCCACCAGGUGGUAUUUGUAAACAGGAGCCCGGUCGUGUGCUUUGUCCCUUUAAUAGCACAACCAGGCCUCUUGCUUUUCAGCAGCCUGGGAGGAAGUUACUGUCGCACGUCACUUUCUCCUAGCGAAAACACAGAGCCGCACAGGAGAGACCAAGGAGGCAGUGAGGAGGGGGGGCUUGGCUGGGAGAGCCAGUCCCUAACUCCCAACAGCCUCAGCCACCACUCUGGACACCAGGGAAGGCACCCUUCAAGAUUGGAAACGGGAGGUAGAUUUAAAAGUGUAAAUUGUCCAUGUGUGUGAAAGUGUGUCAGUAUGUCUGUCUAGUGUGUGUGUGUCAAUAUGUCUGUCAGUGUAUGUGUCUUUGUGUGUCAGUAUGUUUGUCAGUGUCUGUGUAUGUGUAAGUAUAGCUAUCAUUGUAUGUCUGUGUGUGUGUCAGUAUGUCUGUCAGUGGAUGUGUCUGUGUGUGUCAGUAUGCCUGUCAGUGUGUGUGUGUGUAUGUAUCAUUAUGUCUGUUAGUGUGUGUGUGUGUGUGUGCCAGCAUGUCUGUCAGUGUGUGUGUGUGUCAGUAUGUCUGUCAGUAGGUGUCCACCUGUCUGUCAGUGUGUGUGUGUCUGUCAUUAUGUCUGUCAGUGUCUGUGUACGUGUGUGUCAGUAUGUCUGUCAGUAUAUGUGUGUGUGUCAGCCUGUCUGUCAGGGUAUGUGUCUCAGUGUUUGUCCUUAUGUCUGUCAGUGUGUGUCAGUAUGUCUGUGUGUGUCAGUAUAUCUGUCAGUGAAUAUAUGUGUGUCAGUAUGUUUGUCUGUGUGUGUAUGUGUCAGUGUAUAUGUCUGUGUAAGUAUGUCUUGCUUAAUCAAAUUUAAGGUGAGAGAAGCUGAACUGAGAACACAACUGGCUACUUUGAUCUGAAAUGUGAAAUUUACUUUGAAUUAUCACUGUAGUGAAUAACCCUGUUUGAAUUCUUUUUACAUUUCUGCCAAUUCACACGUUAGUGAGUAAUUCUUCCAAUUUUCUGUUAAGGACUCAUGUCCAUUGCUUGCUUAUAUUCAGUUAAUGGAUGAUUUAGGAAUCUGUCAUAUUUUAAAUCCACCCAAAGCUGUAACCACUGUUCCAUACACCCACAGGUCAUCUUAAAUGGCAUAUUGAAACAAUACUAUGUAGAUUUUUGCAGAGGAUUCUAGCGGUCUACUGAACGUUAAUAUUAAAACCAUUUACAAGUGAUACAUUUUUCCAUGACAGAGGUUUGAGUCUUCGGGCACAAAGCCCGGGUGCUUUAGAACAUGUACACAAACCUUUUUUGAAAACUGCCCCAGAUGUUACUGAGGUCUCAGUGCUGAAUUCCUGUGAAUGAUGUGUUAAUUGUAGCACCAACCGGAGGAAUUCCUUUUAAAGGAGAGUCUGUAAUCUUGACUGCACUAAGCUUGCUUAAUGAUACAUGUUAUAAUAUAGCGGUUUUCAAAAGAAUUAACAGUUAAGUACACUAGGGUUAGAAUAAAAACAUAUCCAUGAAAUCACAGAUUGUCUGUCUGUACUUUUAAUUGUUGUAAAAUGACAUAUGUCUUGGGUGGAUUUAAAAAUCCGUGCUCGCGCGUACAGGAGAGACACAGCUCUUGCAAUUACUGAUUUGGGCACCAUUGGUAUUUAUUAGAGCAGGGGUAGGCAACCUUUAGACUACAUUUCCCGUGAUGUUUUGCCACCAUUAUUGCUAGAAGGGCAUCAUGGAAAAAGUAGUCCAAAGGUUCUGGAGUGCUGCAGGUUGCCUAACACCCAGUGGUGUAUCCUGGUUUUGUGCUGCCCUAGGCAGGACAAAACUCAGGUACCCCCUCCCCCCGCACCACCCCCACCCAACCCUUCCCCCCCACCCCACCUUCUAAAUACACACACACACACACAAACAGUCAGACACACACACACAGACAUACACAGUCAGACACACACACAAAGUCAGACACACACACACAGUCAGACACAAACACACACACACACACUGUCAGACACACACACACAGUCAGACACACACACAGUCAGACACACACACACAGUCAGACACAAACACACACACAUACAGUCAGACACACACACAGUCAGACACACACACACACACAGUCAGACACACACACAGUCAGACACACACACACACACACACACACACAGUCAGACACACAAACACAGUCACACACACACACACACACACACAGCCAGACACACACACACAGUCAGACCCAGGUGUUAAAAUGAAAACCUUUUUUUAUUAUUAAAAAAAAAAAAAGAGAGAGAGAGACAUUCUAAAAGUUUGCAAAACUCCAAGGAGUUGCAGUUCUCCAACAUAUGCGGAUCUACCUAUUGGUCAGUCUCUGAGCUAAAUUAUAAGACCAUUUUCUACGACAUGUUUGCAGCUAUAUAGUUCCUAUUCAGGAGCACCUUGGAAUUUUUGAUUUGUCAACAUUAACUUGACACUUUUGAUCCUAAACAAAUUUAAAAGAAGAGAUCCUUCUUUUUUUUUUUUUUUUUAAAUUCUUUAUUUUUACUCAAUAGAAUCAGCAAGUGUACAUCAACUUUCAGGCUUACGCAGAAACCAACAUGUUCAGCAUUUUGGGAACAUUGCGAAGUUUGCCAAGGAAAAAAACAACCAAAAAAAACAUACCAAUAUGUGCUCCGUCAUUUACAGAAUCCACUGGCACCUGCUGUCUAUCGAGGUGUUUUUAAAUUUUUAUUACCCCCUUCUAUGAUAUACAUCAUUGAUCAGGCAAUUCAACAAUUAUGCAGUCACUUUCGGGCUAAUUUAAAGGCCUAUUAAGUUACAAAUUAAUAUAAGGGAACGGUAGUCGUUGUAAUUAUCGCUUGCCUAUAUUGUAACUUAGUUUUGGCUCUCUCCGUUUGUCGGGGAAUCUUAUGGUAGAUAAAGGUACAAGCUAAUCAGCAAAAGUUAAGUAGCCAUCAUAUAUGCUGAUCAACCUCCUAAGUGUGUUACCUUGUUCCUCCAACCGUUUGAUCUAGCCUGAAAAUCAAAUCACAUGAAACGAAGAAAGAAGAGAGAAAAAGGGAGAAAAAGAGGAAGUAAAAAAGGCUUAGAGAAAAAGUGAGAAGUGCAUAGUCAAGGCUGAAAAGGAAAAAAAGGGGACUGGGGGGGAAACGGCGGGCCUACCAUCUCUCCGCUGGCAGCGGCACCCUAUCCUGCGGUAUAUCGUUGUGGACAGCACCCGCUGGGGUAUGCCUUCAAUCUCCACUUGAUCCAAAUAUGCUAUUGUCCCAUGGUUCCCAGAGUUUUUGGAAUGUUAAGACGGUCCCUCUCACCCUUGCUGUCAAAUAAUCCAUAAUUCUACAUUCUUUAAUUCUGGAGAUAACCCCUGCGAAAUCCGGGCCCUCUGAAGUGAGCCAUGCUGUCGCUAUCGCUCGACGCGCGCACAAAGUAAUCUUGUGUAUUAAUUUCUGUUCCCGAGCGGUCCAUCCGUCCACAGAUCUAUUUAAUAAGUAGGUCCAGGGGUCUAACCUCAGAGGCUUAUCAAAUAUCUGCUUCAACAAAUCCUCCACAGACUUCCAGAAUCCGCGUAUCUUUGAGCAUUGCCACCACAUGUGUAAAUAUGUCCCUUGGUCUCCGCAACCCCUCCAGCAAUCGUCCGUGUCUAGUUUGUGCAUCCUAUGUAAUUGAAUUGGGGUGGUAUACCAUCGGAACGUAGUUUUCCACGCCUGCUCCUGUAGGGUGACGCACAUUGAAACCUUAGAAUUUGCCUCCCAAAUCUCUUGCCACUCCAGCCCCUCCAAGGUCUCACCGAGGUCAUUCUCCCAUUGGACAGUCUUCCCCAUUCUCCAUUUUCUUCACUGAGGUGUGCGUACAAUAAUGUGAUCAGCCCCUUGGGGGUUACCCCGUCCGAACAUAUUCUCUCGUAGAAGGUGUGCGUCUCCAUUGCAGCCUUUUUAAUGGUUGGUUUUUAAGCGAAGUCUCGUAUUUGGAUGUACCGAAAAAAAUCCGCUGGAGUCAGGUGAUUACCCAAUUGAAGGUCCGCAAACUGAACGACCUCUCCAUUAUGAAACAGCUGAUGCAACCGUUGCAAUCCAGCACGUUCGAUGUUGCGAAAAUCCCUGGGGGUCAUACCAGGGGGGAAUUCUCUGUUCCUAAGAAGUGGGGUCAUGGGAGAAGGGGAUGAUGCCAGCCUAUAUUUGGUGUUACACAUGUCCCAUAUGCGUAUCGAAUUGAGAAUCGCUGGGCAUGUUAUCCGUAUCUCCGGUCUGUAUUCCCUGGGGACCCACAUUGUAAAUUGGGGGACGUCCACCCCCACCAUCAUAGAUUCUAUAUCCACCCACCGCCUCUCCUCAGGAGCGGAGUGCCACAUGGCUAUCUGCGUUAGUUGUGCCGCAAGGUAAUAAAAGAAGAGGUUCGGGAGGCCCAGGCCCCCUCUAUCUUUGCGUCUAUACAGUACCUGUUUGGAAAUUCUAUGUCUCUUGUUCUGCCAUAUAAAAUUCCCUAUUGACCUUUGCAAGGGAAGCAAUUGUGUCUUCGUGACUCGGAUGGGUAGCGCCUGAAAAAGGAACAGUAAGCGCGGGAGGAUGUUCAUUUUUACGGUAUGUAUCCUACCGAUCCAGGAAAUGGGUUUAUCCGCCCAUUUGUCUAGGUCCUCCGUCAGCACUCUAAGCAUAGGGGCAUAGUUAGUUGCAUAUAAACGUUCUGGGUCAGCCGUUAUGUUGAUCCCUAGGUACCUUAGGGAGUCUGUUUCCAUACGGAUUUGGUAUACCUCCCGCAACCUAGCUGUUUCAUCUUGUGACAGGCAUAUCGGGAGCGCACUGGACUUUUGGAUGUUUGCUUUAUAACCGGAUAGUCCACCGUAUUCUAGAAUGACUCCCUUAAGUGCGGUCAUUGAUUCUAGCGGGGUCGUGAUGGUUAAGAGAACGUCGUCCGCAUAGGCUGAUACCUUGAAGUCUUUAUCCCCCACUCUUACACCCUUAAUGUUUGGAUGUUGACGUAUCGCGUGAAGUAGAGGCUCCAAUGCCAAGACGAAAAGGAGGGGCGAGAGCGGGCAACCCUGUCUCGUGCCAUUGUAUAGCCGAAAUGGGUGUAAUGGGGCACCCGAUAUCUGUACUUGUGCCCGCACGUUAUCAUACAUUGCUUUCGUUGUAGUUAAGUAUUCCUCUGGGAAGCCCAUGCACUUCAGAACUGGGAAAAGAAAUUGCCAUCGAACUCUGUCGAACGCCUUUUCCGCGUCUAAGGAUACCACUAACGUGGGGGAGAAGAGAUCCUUCUAAUGGCCAUUGUAUGUACCUAGACAAGAAGUCCCUGAGAAUUGCCAUUGUUUGUACUGAGACGAGAAUCCCCUUUGUGUUACUGCUAUUAGACGUAUUAAUGAUCAGCUAUUGAUUGGAAUUUGACUUCUCAUUAAACCCAAGGCCACUUUGCACCCAAUCCAUCGACAGGACAACCAAAUGUUCAUUUUUGGACUCAACUUCCAGCACACCUCGUGUGACACAGAGAACUAGUCUCAAUUCAGUGGAGAAGAGUUAGCUUGCCUGAAUCAUGUUACCUGUACAAAUAUUAUGGCUGGAUGAUGAGGUACCUCAACAUUCGCAUUAUUACAUCUACUACAGAUGGGUGCCUUGGUGGUCCCAAUUUGAAAACAUUUAGAAAAAAAAUGGAGUAAUUGAUAAAACCCUUAUUGCACCUUAACAGGCUGCAGACUCUUAGAAUUCCAGAACUCUAGAACUUUUACAGAACUCUGCCAUUGAUGUUUUCCUCCAAACUAUCUGAGCAUACUAUAAAUAAGGUGCUAGUGUGUUACAGUUCAUACUCCGCGUGAUGUGCAUGCCAAUUUUACAAAUUUGUCUGGCAGAUAAUUUUUGGAAAUGCAAUCCAAUAAGUUGAGAGGUGAGAACUAAUUUGUAUUAUUCUUUUGGAGUAUUCAAUGUACUAAAACCAAAAGUGAUCAGUAAACUGCUGUGAAAUGUCAGCCAUAUUGGAAAAAAACAGUCCAGCAAUUUAUAUUAUUUCAUUCAGGUGUAGAUUUACCACAGGUCACUGUUGAAUGGGAAAAACAAACAAACAGCUUAACAGUGUAGGAAAUCAAAUCUCAAUAUAUCUCUUUUAGACUAUUAACUAAGGUGAGAAAAUUCAAAGUGAAUUUCAAAUUUAAGGCCAAAGUAGGUGACCUGGACGCAGACCUGAGUUGUAGAAAUUUUGUGGUUUGGCUAUUUUGAUCUUAAAGGUGAAAUUCACUUUAAUUUCUCAAUGUAAUGAAUAACCAUGUAUGGUGCUUAGUUUUCUUACUACACAGUACCACAUACUCCCAGGGGUUCAUUCACUUAAAUAAAGGAUAAUUUGAGGUGUUCUUCUAAGAUAAUUACUAGUUAUGUCGUUUAUACUGGACUUGAUAUGUUUUUUUAUUAAUACCAUCAUUAUACAACACCAACAUAUUCCCCUUUACAAUGAUACAAAGGGGACAGAGUUGAAGAAAACUCAUAUGAGUUUACAAUCUAUAAGGAUUUGAGGUCGGCUGAUAUAUGUCGUUAGGUGUCUUACCCUUGACUUGUUGGUGACAUUACCAUUGCUCUAACCAGCAAAUAUAUUGAUAAAAGAAAAUACAAGAUAUCUUUUCACAGAGAGGGUACACAGAGGCAGAAUAAUGGUGCUUUAGUGUAUUCAAAACUGCCCUUAGUAAAAUCGGUGGGAAAAAAUGAAGGACAUUGCUUGGAGUGGAUUUGAAUGCCGUCACCUAAAGUUUAAUCUCAGCCCUGUGCCGUCUUUAUGAAUUCUUGGCUGAGUUUAAUCUUAAAGUUAUGCCAAGUUGUAUCCAAGGGUUUCUAGUGAAUCUCUGAAGUGAUAAUUUUUGGAAUGAUCCCAUAAACAUCUGAUCUUUGUCCAUUUUGGCCCAACUUAGUAUUUUAUCAAUCAAACUCAUAGCAAUGACAUUCCGAGAUAUGACUGCAGGACCGGGAGAGAGGUGAUCUGGCUAAACCCUAAAAAUGUCAUUAUCAAGUGAGGCAAAGUCAGGAGUGGAAGUCGAUAUGUUGAACUGAAUUGUCAAACAUUAAAGGUUAAAAGGUACACUAUAGUCACUAUAGUCACCAGAACCACUACUGUUUAAUGUUCUGGUGUCUACAGCCUGUCCCUGAAGGCUUUUUUUUUAAUGUAAAUGCUGUUUUUUCAGAGGGACACCUCUAGUGACCUCUAGUAUCAUCUCCAGUGACAGUCACUCAGACGGUCAGUAGAGGUCCAGUGUGAAGCACCUGUGUGCUAUGAUGCUGAACGCUCCCCAUAGUAAUGCAUUGAUUCAAUGCAUCUCUAUUAGGAGAUGCUGAUUGGCACGGCGCACUGUGUUGCCUAUGGGAAAGCAUUGGAUUUGCAUGAGAUGCCAUAGGCAUUAGGUUGGCUGAGAUCAUCAAGACAGAUGAUCUCAGCCAUGGAAGCGGGGUCAGCUGCCACGAGACCGAUGUGGCAAGGGAGAAAGGAUAAGUUUAAUCACAUUGUUUCUACACAAAGAGGGGCCCGGGGACCCUAAAAGAUAGUCCAAUAUUAUAAUGUUAUGAAUACGUUUGUAAAAAUGUAAUAAAGAGAUUCAUCUCAAGAAAUCCUUUAAGUGGCAAAUGUGAAUAAUUAAUUAAUUAAAUUCUAGUGGGAUUCCAAGACCCCUCCUCACAAUCUAGAGGGAGACAGGGUACCAAUUUCCUCUCUGUACCCCCAUAACCAGUGCCUUUUUAUUAUUUAUUUAUUGUUUUAUUAACCACUGACCCUCAUUCAUGGAAUGAAGACGGGGGAGCUGUUGGCUAUUUAGGGGUUAUCCUCGCUGUUCUUUAUUUACCAAUCAUGAGUUCACUCUAGCAGCUCCUAUAGACAGAUGGUCUAUUUAUUUAAAUGGCUAUUUAUUCCCAAUACCGGUGAUGCAAUCAGACUGAAUCAUUCACAGUUUGGUGUUUUUUUUCUUUAAUUUGGUUUUAGUAUCUACAAUGAAUCGAACAAACUGGAAUGUCCUGAGUCAUGACCGCCACAUCAAAUUCAUAGCUGAAAGGACAGCCCAAUAUUGUUCGUGGAAUUUAAGAAGAAAAGCUAAAAACGAUGACACGUAGCUUCAGUCAUGCAAAACCAUUCACAACAAUAUGAUAAAUAUUACUAAACAAAGCCAUAAAAAGGGUGUGAAAUGGUGACAUAGAGUGUGUGACACAGCAUUUUGUUCUUAUUGAUAAUCUAUAUCAGCCAUGAGUAAUCUUGAUAGGCAAGAUGUUUUUGCACGAUCUUCUCCAGCACAGGCCAAAGAUAGAUAACCAGCUCUUGUAAAACUACAAUACCCCUGAUGCUUUGCAAGCCGUAAGGGGCUCUGCCUUUUAGCCCAUCUGUGUAUAUAUGUACGUGAGUGUGUGCAGGGGUCAAGUGUGGGAACUCACCCAAGAUCCACCCUCCACCCCCCCAAAGGGAGGUAUGGAUGGGGGGAAUCAUGGAUGGAAAUGGGGGAGAGAUAUAGAAGGGAGGGAGACAUGGAUAGGGGAGAGAUAUAGAAGGGAGAGAGACAUGGAUGGAUAGGGAAGAGAUAUAGAAGGGAGGAAGACAUGAAUGGGCGAGAGAUGUAGAAGGGAUGGAGACUACUAGUGAUUCCAUGAUAAAGAUUUCACCCCCCUUCUUCUCAGUGAGUCAGUAGUGGGGGGGUGGACAUGAAAUUGGGGAACAGACAUGAAACGGGGUGGGGGAAGACAUGAAAUAUGGGGAGGAUAUGAAAUAUGGGGGAAUGGACAUGAAAUGGCGGGUGUACAUGAAAUAUAGGGGGGGGAAUGGACGCUGAAACACACUACGCCGAUGUGGCCAGUGUGAAAAAAGGGUCCGGGAGACUGCGCAUGCCUAUGCUAGUAAGACUGGGAUAGGGGUUUAGAGAGACAGAGUUAGGGGGCUAGUAAGACAGGCUUAGGGGGUUAGUAAGACAGGGUUAGGGGGGCUAGUGAGACAGGGUUAGGGGGUUAGAGGGUUAGUGUGACAGAGUGAGGGGAAAACACAGUCUUAAAAUACAUUUAAUAUAUUUUGCUUUGCCCCCAUCCUGCUUACCUUCUGUGCAGACAGGGGAAGCAAUAAUUAAUUUCAUGGUGGUCCAGUGGAUGAUGUCAGAGCACAGGCUGGGAACCCAGCGCCUGUGCUCUGACACUCACAGUGCACCGGAACAACAUGGGACUGCAGCAGCCCCAGCAGCACACUGGACCACCAGGAAGUUCACUAGCAGCACACUGGACCACCAGGGAGUUUGUUACAGCUGGCUCAAGGCAGGGGGCUCGAUCAAAGCCUGUAGGACUACUAACGGGAACAGCGUUCCUGCUGUGGAAAAAGUGCAGGAACACCGUUCCCACACGUUCCUGCAGGACUCAAGCCCUGUGUGUGUGCAGAUACGUAACUAGAAACAACUGGGACCGGUGUGAAAAUUUCCCUGGGGCCCUCCAUGUGUUUCAUCCACAGCCGCUAGAAGUGUCCUUAGGGCCAAAUGUAAACACAGAAAAGGAGAGACUGCAAGGACAGUCUAUUUGCAUUAAAACCACUAGAUUGUGUACUUAUUGUCAGUUUAUUUACAGAAUGCAUAUUGUAGGUACAUAGUGGAUACAGUUGCUCAUAAUAUUGGAAGGAUUUAAGCCACGUGUUUCUUUGUUUGUUUAUUAGACUGGGCAACUUUUUUACAAGCGUUCUACGUCUCGGACUGUCCUAAAUGAGAAUAAAAGUCUAUGUAUUCAGGGCGCAAUGCACUGUGACAUGGUCAGAGGGCGCACAGGCUGAAAUGUUAGAUUGGGAGGCAACAAUAUGCUGUGCAUAGGGUCUAUCUGUGUGUCUGGAAAUUAGAUACAUGUGGGCAAAGAAGGACACUUUCAUUUUAGGGGUCUGGCUGUGGACGGGAGUGGGCUGUUCUGAGAAAGUUUAGGUGUUUUAUUAAUAAUUUAUUUAACAAAAAUGAAAUUUAGAAGACCGAUAUAUCUUAUUUACACAGACUGAUUUCUCAACACAUUUAUUGUAGUUUAAAGAUACAUUACUGGGAGUAUUAUUGCUGUGGAGCUCUGUGAUACACUCAGACACACCAAUAAUAUGGAGUUCCUAGAAAAGAGGGACAGAGUGAUUUUGGCCCAGAAUAGUGAUUUGUCCCUCCUAAAAAGAGACACUUGGGACAUAUGGGAAAGGCAGAUAGGGUCUGAAGCAGAGAGUGGCUUGGGGUGUCCAAGAGAGAAAGGCUGGGGGUGUUCAGGAGAGUUAGGCUGGGUAUGACAGAGAGGAGGCUAGGAGCGUUCAGGAGAGGAAGGUUGGGUAUGAAGGAGAGGGAGACUGGGAGUAUUCAGGAGAGGGAUGCUGGAUAUGAAGGAGAUGGAGGCUGAGUAUCAAACAGAAGGAGGCUAGGUAUGAAGGAGAGAGAGGCUGGCAGUGUUCAGAAAGGGAGGCUGAGUACAAAGGAGAUAGAGGCUGGGUAUGAAAUAGAUUGAGGCUGAGAGUGGUCAGGAGAGGGAGGGUGGGUAUGACAGAGAGGAGGCUAGGAGCGUUCAGGAGAGAAAGGUUGGGUAUGAAGGAGAGGGAGGCUGAUUGUAUUCAGGAGAGGACUUCUGGAUAUGAAGGAGAUGGAGGCUGAGUAUCAAACAGAAGGAGGCUAGGUAUGAAGGAGAUAGAGGCUGGGUAUGAAAUAGAUUGAGGCUGGGAGUGGUCAGGAGAGGGAGGCUGUGUAUGAAUGAGAGGGAGGCUGGGUCUGUUCAGGAGAGGAAGGCUGGGUAUCAAGUAGAGGGAGGCUGGGAGUGUUUAGGAGAGGAAGGCUGGGUAUGACAGAGAGGGAGGCUGGGGGAUAUUCAGACUACAGGUUGGCAUUGUCCCAGAAAGGAUUCACUUGGGAUAUUGAAUGCUUGUUUAAAUUACAGAAGCAUUCUGGACCUACUCAGGAAUUCACUAACCAACCUCGACGGUUUCACCCAAUUAAAUAGAGGUGCAUCAAAUGACGGAGAUGCUGGGAGAGAUUCCCAAUUCAGACUAUGUCUGGAUGCCUGUUUACUACUUGGUAUAAAUACAUAUUAGAUGCUCAGUGUGAGGGUACAUUCUGCCAAAGCAGUUUUCCAUGGGAUCCAAAAGGAAAAAAACUAACAAAAAUGCAUAAUAAAUAGAAUAUAUGAUAAUUUAGGGAACGUACUUUUGAAAAUUGAUUUCAGGAACAUUUUACUAUAAGGCAGGCAUAGUAUUACACAAUCACACAUACACAUGGGUUUCCUGAAUAGAUAUAGCUCACAGGGUUACUCAAUAAAGUGUAAUAAUUACAGACACAAAGUGAAUUUCACAUUGGAGGCUAUUUAUCAAUGUUGGUCUAAAAUUCUAAAUUCACUUUGAAUUUCAAAUAAACCCAUUAAUCAACGGGACAUAUUUGUGAAAUCAAGCAAUGAAUGGGAAUCUUGCGGCAUAUCAUUCCCUCACACUGCAGGGCAGCACUUUUCAUGUACUGACCAUCAAUGUGAAGAAGUGGUGUUUGUUAAGUACAACAUGGUGUGUACAGAAACCAUAAUGUCGCAGCCACAUGUAUCUGGCCAGGGGAGAUAAUGCAAUGUAAAAUUAUCAGACCAUGAUUAAUACGAAUUAGACACAUUCUGCAAAGCAUUAUCUAAAUCUCGAAUGACAGGUAGAAGAGAUGCGGCUUCAAUGGACAGUCUAGACCAGGGGUAGGCAACCUUUGUCACUCCAGAUGUGAACUACAUCUCCCAUGAUGCUUUGCCACCAUUAUGGCUGUAAGAGCAUUAUGAGAGAUGUAGUCCACAACAGUUUGAGUGACAAAGGUUGUCUACCCCUGGUCUAGAGUGAAAACACUAGUUUAACCCCUUAACGCCGUUACAGCGUUCUAUGCCGUCCCGCAUUAAGUGGGCUUUAAAGCGGUUGCGGCGGCAUAGAACGCCAUAACGGCUUUGAGCCCUGGAGCGCCCGGGAUACUUACCUACCCGGCACUCAGCUUCGGGAGGACUGCAUCACAGCCCAGGCAGCCCUCCCCCGGCAAAAGAAGCCGCCGGGGGCCAUGUGAUCGCUCUCAAAGAGCGAUCACAUGGUCCCCUAUAGCUGGCUGUGGAUCUGCCAGCAGGGGGACUGUUUGAAAUUUCAGUCAGUCCCCCUGCUGGUGGGAAAGUAAAAAAAUAAAUAAUUAAACAUGUUUUAAAAUAAAUUAAAUAUAUUUAUAAAUAUAUAAUAUAUGUAUAUAUAUUAUAUAAAUAAUAUAUAUACAUAUUAUAUAUAUGUAACGUCAUACAUAGUGUAUUUUAAUAUUAAUAUAAGCACAUAUAUUAGUAUUAAAAUACACUUAGAAUGACGUUACAUAUAUAUAAUAUGUAUAUAUAUAUAUUAUAUAUAUAAUAGAUAUAUACACAUACAUUAUAUAUAUAUAUAUAUAUAUAUAUAUAUAUAUACGUAUAAUUACAAUAAUAAAUAAAUAAAAUAAUAAAAUUAAUAAAUAAAAUAUUGAAACAAAAUUUAAUAUAAAUUAUAUAUUGAUAUGUAAUUUCAUUCUAACUGUAUUUUGUUAUUAAUAUAUAUAUAUUGGUAACAAAAUACACUUAGAAUGACAUUCUAUAUAUAUCUAUCUAUAUAUAAAAUACAAAUAACCGCAAAUAUAUAUAUAUAGAUAAAUACAUAUAAUUACAUAAAAGAUUACAUUAGUAUACACGUUGAAUUUAAAUACCUAUAAAUGCAUAUAUAUUAAAAUUCUACGUGUAUAUUUAAGUAAUCUUUUAACAUAAUUAUGUGAUUUGAUUAAAUAAAAUUUGAUUGACAUGCCUGACAACACAGGGAAAAAGUGCAAAGAAUUUAAUUUGCAAGCACUAUAUUUGACCCUGUAACUCUCCAAGACACGAAAAAACCUGUACAUAGGGGGUACUGUUUUACUCAGGAGACUUCGCUGAACUCAAAUAUUAGUGUUUCAAACUGGUAAAUUGUAUUACAACGAUGAUAUUGUAAGUAAAAGUGACGUUUUUUGCAUUUUUUACAAACGAACUGCACUUUUAUGGACUAUAUUAUUGUUGUAAUAUGUUUUACUGUUUUAAAACACUAAUAUUUGUGUUUAGUGAAGUCUCCCGAGAAUAACAGUACCCCCCAUGUACAGGUUUUAUGGUGUUUUGGAAAGUUAGAGAGUCACAUAUAAGGCUUGCAUUUCAUUUUUUUGACAUUUAAAUUUGCCAGAUUGGUUAUGUUGCCUUUGAGAGCGUAUGGUAGCCCAGGAAUGAGAACUACCCCCAUGAUGGCAUACCAUUUGCUAAAGUAGACAACCCAGGGUAUUGCAAGUGGGGUACGUCCAGUCUUUCUUAGUAGCCACUUAGUCACAUACACUGGCCAAAUAUUAGUUUUUUUGCUUUUUUCACACAAAAACAAAUAUGAACGCUAACUUUGGCCAGUGUUUGUGACUAAGUGGCUACUAAAAAAGACUAAACAUACCCCACUUUCAAUACCUUGGGUUGUCUACUUUUUCAAAUGGUAUGCCAUUACGGAGGUAAUUCUCAUUCCUGGGCUUCCACACCGUCUCAAAGGUAACAUUACUAAUCUGGCAAAUUUUAAUUUGAAAAUGGAACGUUCUAUAUUUGACCCUGUAACUUUCCAAAACACCAUAAAACCUGUUAAUGGGGGGUACUAUUGUACUUGUGAGACAUUGCUGAUUACAAAUAUGUGCAUUUUUUUUCAGUAAAACCUAGCAGUAUUAUGACAUUCACAGCAAAAAUGUCAGACAGAAAUACAAAUUUAAAAAAACAUUUUUUUAAAAUUUUAUUCUUAAUAAAUUAUGUUCCAUAUAUUAAUAGUUAAUGAUAAAUUAAAGCCCUGUUUCUGUUGAACAAAAUGAUAUAUAAUAAGUGUGGGUGCACUUAAUGUGACAGCGGUGAAUUACGGUUGAACAGAUAUAUAGCACAAAUUCCAGUUUUUGUUUACGCUUUGUUUUGAUCAGAACGUGCACUAUUGACUCCGUCCUGAAGGGGUUAAAACCAGCGACAACCACUUAUUAUGCAGCGCUUUGGAAUAUGUUGGAGCUAUAUAAAUAAACUAUUUUAUACUGUUUGAUUAGAGAAGAUGUCAUAACCAGUGGAAUACGGGACAGCUGGGAGGUCUUGCCAAGGUUCUUGAAAAUACAUACUGCAGGGCUAUUUUAAUAGGUGGAUUAUGUUAAUUGUAGUGUCUGCGUUUGAUUACCCCAGUUUUUAAAAUGUGUUGAAAUUCCCAGUCACUAGGCUGACCCAGCUGCAAUCCUCUGUACUAUAAUUAACGCAAUCAUCAGCUUGCAAGCUUUAGAGUUUUAUAGUAUUAUAAUCACCAUGUUUCUAGCAACUUAUUCUUUAGUGUUAUAGAAAGUAAAAUAAAAAAAUAAAAAAUUAUAACAAAACAUGUUAUGGUGAGCAGAGCCAGAGGCAAGAGUUGGACUAUGCUCAGACCAGCUUAUAAAACCAGCUUGUAGAUUGCGUUAUGAUUCUCUAUAUUACAUCAAUGAUUGAGGACUACAAUUCCCAUCAUCAUCAUCACACAUUCUGUGUUUACUUCUGGCUGGCAAAGAUUUCUGAGAGAUCUUAGAGAUCCAGAGGUUGACAAUAAGGCACACUAUUGGAUGCAGUGCUUGUAGAGUGGCUCUGAAGGAAUGCCUGGUUAUAUGAUGUGACUCCCUGCCCUGGGCAGUGCCCCAAUCAGAGAGCAGAUGGCAGCAUUCAUUGCAGAAGAGGGUAGCCAUCCUGGGCACACAUCAGCCUGAUCUAGUUCUGCAAAGGUCAGAGAAUGUAAACUUCCUCAGAUAGCUGUGAGUGAGCAGAUGAGAGGCAGGGAGUAGAUACAUACACACAGGGGGUGGAGAGCUGAUUCAGAUGGGAGGAGAUCACUAGCUAAGGAGCUGGGAUCUGCAGCAGGCUGAUACAAAGUGCAGACCCCUCAGCACUCAGGGCAAAGGGGGUCUCUGGGCUGCAGGCUGUGCCAUCACCUACCUACCCUUCAAGACAAGGUGAGUGUUCUAUAGAUACAAUGAAACAAACAGUAUCACUGUCUGAGGACAUGAUACAAACCCCACACACCCCAAAAGAUCUGAUGUAUUGCUGGCUCCUAAUGUUUUAAUGUCAGACUGUAUGUAGUAGAUUGCACAACCCUCCGGCACACAGAGGGUUAAAUAUCAGAGGGAUAUGCAUACACCUUUCUCAGUUACCCUUCCUCUCCCCCCAAUGCUCAGCAUUCAGGGGUUAUGGUAAAGGCAGCUCUGGCAUUAUAUAUAAACUUGCUGUUAAACUCUUAGUUAUUUUAUGAUUGCAAUUGGAUACAGCAAUUGGAUUUAUUGCUAUUUCUAUUUGGUUCCAACUUUUAAAGUGUCUGGGGGAGCCCUGGGGUGCCUGGGUGAGUUUGGGGUGCAUGGAUAAACUUGGGGUGUCUGAUGAGGUUGCACUGUAUAUGGGUUUACAAUGAACUGCUUGAAGGUCUUGUGAUCUGAUUAGAGAUACACAGUUUCACAUGCUUUCUGUUAUCGUAUGGUUUCUAUAGCACUGCCUGAACUUUGAUGGAAGUGCACAUGGUAACUUUGAUAGACAUAUUCUGGACCUCAGGCUCGCAAAGCAUCAUGGGAAACAACAGCUGGGGGUCUGCCACUGGACCACCCCUGCACUCCAUCAGGGUGAUCUCCCUGGUAAAAGGGGAAUUUGGUGCAAGUCUCGUGUUGACAUUCCUCUGUCAGACCUGUGCUGACUAUUUUUAGGAUUUGAUACAGUGUGAUUUAUAAUGUUUGCUUAUAGCUUUAUAUUUAUAUUAUUAACAAAUCUAGUGGUGUGUAUACAUUUAGCCUUCAUUACAUUGGGGUAAUUAAAACAUCAAUGUCACAUAAUAGCUACUAUUUAAAAGUAGAAUCUGUACAUGUAUAGACUUAAUGACUGAUGCUUGUCCUGUUUUCUCUAUUUCUAUUAAAAGUCAUUAUUUUAUAUAGUAUACAAUUGUUUUUCGCAUUGAGACCUGAAAUGACUUUAACACAUUUGGGCCACAUGUGAGUGUUCGGUGCUUAUGGUAGUCUGAUAUUCUCGCCUCGUUCGUUCUUAUCUGCGAAAUAAAUUUGAAGAUUUUUGGGGGGAGUGUAUUUAUUAAAGUCCGAAUUAUAGAGAAAUAAAAUCUGGUAAAAAAUAGUCAGUUUGUGAUUAGAGCUGAGUUGUGGCUUUUUUUUUUCCAGAUUAGCAACUUUUUUCUAAAUUGUGCCUUUUAUAUUUUAAAUUGCUACAAUUCAGCUUUUAGUAAAUAAACCCAUUCGGCUAACAUUCGGCUUUCAAUGUGCUAUAAUUAAGAGUUUAUUCACUAACCAGAAUUCAGGCUCAAACUACAAUGCUAUGACGUUCGAAUCCUGGUCAGUCCGCCUCACCAGUAAGUGUCCCUGUCAAAACACCUACCUGUGUAAAUCCGCCUUCCUCAAAUCCUCAUAGAUUGAUGGCUCAUUUAAACUGGGCCUUCGUCACCUCUUGUUCUGUAUGUCAGUUACUUGCUGUCUAAUAUCACCAUUCCAUAAUUGUACAGCACUACAAAUUAUGUUGGCGCCAUAUAGAUUCUAAUCAUAAUCAUUUUUGUUUCAAUUCUGCCAUUUCAAUUUUACUUUGCUACAAUUCAAUUCAGUGAAUAAACUUCUAAAAUGAUUUGUAGAUUUACAGCUAAUGAAAUAAAAUUAAAUACAAUAAAAUAAAUCUAUGUCCUUGGGAUUUAAAACAAGGAUUAAACACACUUAAUACCUGUUAAGUCUUUGUUUUAAGUAGUGUGUAUUAAAUGCCUUGUGUAUUAUUAAUGGAAUGUUAAAUCCUUUAAAAUUGAAAUGUACAAUGGUAUUUGCAUUGCAUGAAAAUCUUAAGCGCCCCCCCCCAGCAUAUUUAAUCUGUCCAGCUGUUUUGUUUGUCAUGCCUAAAACUUUUCGGUACUAUAGUGAUGUCAUCUUGACCUUAUAUGACAUCAUGACAUCCCGGUAACUGUGACUCGACUACAUCUUUUUGCUGAGCAGGACACUGUAACUCAAACCUAAAUAUUUCUCGCUACAUGUGUUAUGUAGACAGAUGUUUGUGUCAUUUUUUCCGUGGAGAAACAAGACACCAGUAUUGAAGGGUUUCCCCCACUGGAAAGAUGUGUGGUUUUAUACUUACGAGUGAAGCCAAUUUUCCCCAAAACUAUUUAAUAACUUUUGAUUUAAAUAAGAACCAGUCGGUGCUCAUUUAUCAUUCUCUUAGAAAUUGACAAACUAGUUUGCAGAAAAUGCAUACUAUGGAGUUUUCACAUAUGACCUACUUUUAUUGAUGUGCAACCUCUUUGAAAAAAUAAUAUUUUCAAACUGGUUUCAAAUCUGUUAUCACCAUGUUUUUCAAUUAAUUUUUGUGUGUGUGUGUGUGUGUUCUAGUGUGCUCCAAAGAUUGGGAGAUGUCAAGUAAAUACACAGAUUUAUUAACUAAAGUCCAAAUUGUAGAGGAUUAUAUUUUUGAUGACAAAAUACAGGGUAAAAUAGUUGAUGUGGCAAAAAAAAAAAUCGAGUUGAUUACUUUGGCCUUGAAUGUCCAGUUGUGGUUUUUUUGAUUUACAACAAAUAGCAGAGUUAUUUACUAAAGUUAGAAUUCAAAAGUAGAUUUCAAAUUUAAGGCCAGAGUAUCCGAUCUGGAAACAUAGCUGAGUUAGAGAAUUUUUCCAGUGCGGCUUUUUUCAACCUUAAAUUUGAAAUUCAUUUUAAUUCUCACGUUGGUAAAUAACCUUGUUAGUGUACAUGCUGUUGGCUGGUCCUGGAAAGUGGCAUCUUGCAGUAUGUAACAUCAUUAUGCUGCAGAAUUUCAGUCAAUUCAUUCAGCAAGGCGUAACAGGCUGCAUUGAUUAAUCAAUUUUUUUCUGUACCGUAUAAAUUCUACAUGUUACACGGUAGCACUUUUCAUGCAUUGUCCUAAGGAAAAGUAAUGUAAAUAAAUGGGGGAUCCGGCAACUCUAAGAUUACCUGUGUUUUUGUUGUCUGUUAUGUCUGCUUGAUAGCACUGCUGAAUAUAUUGCAAAUAUUUAAACACAUGACAAUGUUACAGAUUUAAGUAACAAGCCCAAACAUUUUGUCAGAUAUAUAUCACUUUCUUUUUGCAUACCAUUGUCCUUUUGGCAGGUUUUUGGGUGGGAGGAUGGGUGAUCCUUAGGUCAUCUAAAAUUGACCCUAACGCUUCCUAUUUAGCACACAUUCUGCUUCCCCCACCCCCAUAGGAUGCUUUUUUUUUGCGAUCACGCAGUUCUAUCUGUUAAUAUCUGCAUAAAGUUCAUAGCUGUUUGUUUACUCCUAUUACACAAGGUAGCCAGUGUCACCCAUUAACCCCUCGGCUACCGGACUCCGAACAACCACAUUUGAAUGUUUUUAACAACAUAUCAAUAUAUUGCAAAAAGGAAUAACAUACAAAACAAAAACACAAAAAUCAACACAAACAGUAAAAUAACUUGUUUUUUUUCUGUUUGUACUGGCAAAUAAAAUAUGUGUCCCUUUUGCUUUAUCCAUCUUGAAGGCUCCAGGGUAAUUCGCUAAACCAGUAAUUGUGGAAAAUUUAACUGGGAAAGUCUCCAUCCAUUGAGCUUUUUUGGCCUAAGACUAGCCAUUCCGUUGCAAAUUCUCCUCUGUUCCCCUGAAGUCACUGACAGGGUUAAUAAUAUGUACACCAACUUACUAAGAUGUAUCAAACAAAGGUGAAAGUUUCUAAAAAAAAAAAUCAUCCUAUUCAAAUAAUUAUAGGGCUGUGAAUGUAGAAUAAUGAAAUACAUUUUCUUUUGUGUGUGAUUACCUGAUGUAAUUAGUGCCACUUUGAACUUGUUUAUUAGUCUCGGUGAAGAGACUUUGCAUAAUAUACGAAAUUCAUUGUGCACGCACGUUUAAUCCCCAGAACAAGACUUCAUCCGUGUGCAAAGUUUUUCUAUUUUGUUUUUAAUGUAACAUGCGCAGUAUUUAUUUAUUUAUUACUGGUAUUUAUAAAGCACCAACAUAUUCCACAGCGCUGUACACAAUAUACACAGACAAAUGCAAAAGGUAGAGAUGGCCCUGUCUGUAAGCUGAGAUCUAGCCUUUGAAGCUCUUUAAUACGAAGUUCUUAGCUAGAUAGCCCAUGAGCUUACCAUCUAAAGGAUGCUCUGCCUUCACUAUUUCAGCCUCCAUAAUGUGGGCGCUUGCUAAUAUUCUUAUGAGAAUGCUCCAUACCUUGGUCAAUAACAAGCAGUGGUUUGAAUUUAAAGGGACAUUCUAAACACCGUAAUCACAACGGGUUAUUGUAGAGUUUAUCGGUGCAAUCCCACAGUUUUUUUUAGUUUUUUUUUGUAAUUCUUUAUUUUUGCAGUGCAAAGGUUAUCAUACAGAGUAAUAUAGACAGUACCAGGAGUAAAUAAGAAUAGAAAUGCUUAUACAACUACGUCCUAUAGGCAACACACUUUUUUUAUGUUAUACAAGAUGUGGUAUAAGCAAGAUAAACAAUAUGUCCGACUGCAUAAUGAGUAGGGGACAACAAUCUUCGAUAAACCAAAAAAUGCCAAAGACAUUGUUAGAGAAGCAUAGGAGAUGAAUCAAACUGGGUAGCAUGGUUGCACUUGUGCCCACCCAGGAGGCCACUCUUAGGUUUGGUGAUAGGCUAGUGACUAACAGAACACCAGGAGUCAAGUCAAAUGAGCAUUAAAAGCAUAACAAAUAAAAUAAAGGAUGAAAGAAAAAUAACAAAAGGCCCUCUGCAGCUUAAGGCCAACUCAAGAUGGUUCAGCUCAGCCUAUACCCUCCCACGGUAUUGUACAGUCAUGUUUGAGUAAAAAACACAUUCUUAUACCCUGACCGAGUUGUGUCUUUGGCGAUGUAGCUUGUGAGUAAAGGAUAAAAAGCCAUAAUGCCCAGGGGUACCUUGCCAGCACAACCCUCCCACCCCCAAGGAAUGACCCAGGUAUGGUCCUCCAGGGCUCAUGCCGAAGUAAUUUCUGGAUUCAGCUCCAGCUGUGAGGGAGAGUGAUGGUGUCUGUUGCUUAGGUCGGGCUCCCACAGAAGUUGCUUCUGUCCGCUUUGCGAUGAGCUCAGGCAGUGUUGGCUGGGAUGAACUAUCUGGCAGCUGGAGGUGCUUGGGAGAACGCAUUCGCUGGUGCAGCCUGGUCCAGAAGUCUGCAAAUAUGUGGUUGAGUGUAUCGAGGGUUGUAGCUCCUUCGUCACUGGAGUCUGAAUGGGACGCUGCAUUCAACAGCUUGGUGUAGCGCAAGCUGCAGGGCCCUUAAGAGAAGUAAUAGGGCAUCCGAAGGUGUGGACUAGGAUCACCCCUACUGGUGAGCAGGAGGGAUCCACUUGAGUCCAGCAGCAGGUGAUCCGGGAGUGCGGUUGCCGCUUCUCCCGUCUGGCAACCGCACUAGGCCUCACCUUGACCUCCAUAGAUUACACAUGUGAUCUUAAUUUUCAAGUUGCCAUAAGCAACCGAAUACGGCAGCAGAGCAUCAGGAUUCAACCUGAGUCAGACAAGUUCCCCAAGAGGCACAUAAACCAGGCAAGCUGGUGGCUAAGCGAGGAGUUUUGGCAAAGCGUGCCCUGCCACCAUGAAGGUCAGGCCUAGUCCCACCCCACAAGUUUUUCAUAUAUCCCCAAAAUUCAGAGAUUGGACUACAAACCGUAUUACAAGCACAUCUCCAGAAAGCCGCCCCUCCUCCUGCCUGUCUCCCAAUUGUGAGAGGUAUACAUUUUUGACCAAGCCAUUUGUGAGUGGUUUAUGACAUUACAUAGUUACAUAGUUACAUAGCUGAAAAGAGACUUGCGUCCAUCAAUUUCAGCCUUCCUCACAAAUGUUGUUGCUUUCUCAGAAUAUUGCUUUCUCAGAAUCUGAUGACGCUAUAUAAAUAAUAAAAUAAUAAUAAUAAUAAUAAUGUAGCAAAUUAUCUCACUGUCACAGUAUCAAUACCAAACAUUACCAAAAACAAACUGCAUGCUUAAACAAUAAAUUAAAAAAUGUCAAAGUGAAACAUUUAUCAUGGAUACCAUUAGAAUCCAUAGUUACAUAUGUUUCUCUACUUUUAAACUUUAGCCCACUAAUCUCUUUCCAGCACUCUUAUAAAUCUCACCCAACGUCUUUCAAUUCUGGUUUACACUUUACUUACAAACUAAAAUCCCACCUAGGCACUGCUGCAUUCCUGGACUCUCCAUAAUUAACCCCCCUUCCCUGACCCCAUGUGACCCCUUCCUCAGCAGUCUCGCUCAAUCCUGCUCAUCUGUUCUCAUUAUUCCCUUCCUUUUUAUAGCCUCCCCCUCACAGCGCACCCAUUGCCCUAAGUGUAUGUAUCCUGACCCAGUUGUCAGAAUACACAUUUAAUCUGAUUCCGCACACUCCUAGUGUUUAAUGUGCUCAUUCGUCCGUAAUCUACAGAAAGUAUGCUGGUGAGUGAGCUAUGAAUAUCAUAUACAGUAAACCGUUGCUGUUGAGAGUUUAUUCCAUGAAUUAUAUACCUCCCAAGUGUCCCUAUUAAGGAGGGACAGUCCCCAUUUAGGGCCCAAAUGCCUCUGUCCAUUUUCUCAGUCUUAAUGUUCCUCUUUUCUAGGAGCUCCAUAUUGUUGGUGUGUCUGAGUGUAUAACAGAGCUCCGCAGCAAUACAACUCCCAUUAAUGUGUCUUUAAACUACAAUAACUGAGUUUAGAAAUCAGUCUGUGUAAAUAAGAUACAUUGUUCCUGUUUUAAAUUACAUUUUAGUUGUAUGAAUUCUUAUCAGUUAAUCACCAAACAUUUCACAGAACAGCCACACCCCUAGAAUUAAAGAGUUCCUCUAUAUCCAUUGACAUGUUUGGAGUUAUGGCAUUAUAGCGAUUUGAGAACAGAAUUGUAAAAUAUUGUCCAGGCUGUGUCUGUAGGUGCGUUGGAGAUUUUCAUUUUUUUAUGUACUACAACUUGCUGUUUAGAGAAUAAAACCACUGUAUUUGCAAGCUUAGAGAGACACAUAACUUUUUUUUCCGCUUGCUUCUCUAAAAAGGAAAAUGCAAAAGUGUGCAUUUAGUGUGAUAAAAUGUCUCUCUCCAAGAAACUAUUAUAAGAAACUGUGUCAUGACAUCUCAGAUCUAGAGAAAUAUUAGGGUAUAGCUAUAUUAGGUAUAUGAGGGUAUUGCUAAAAAAAUCGUAUAAUUGCAUUAUUCAAAAUAUAACGGAUAUUAUGACUCAGAUGUUGGUAUCUCACUCAAGAUUAGAUCAAUUUGGGCAGACCGUGCCUUGCGAUUAUUGGGUUACGCCCCUCAAUUUGGGCUUCCAACGAUAUAUGAAGGUCAGUACAGUUUAGGAAAGAAACUGAAAUCUAUAGCAGAGAAAGAAGGUGGUUCUGAAUUAAUUCAGUUUUGCUACGAUGACUUACCUGCUUUUUGACCUUUACAACAACCAGAUUGAUUUGGUUUCAGUAAUAAUACCAAAUAUUGCCAAUUCAGACGAUUUAAAUAAAGUCGAUGCUAAAGGUGCGUCCUUAUCUCUGGGAUUUACACCAUUAAUUAAAACAUUGAAAACCAUCUAUAAGUUGUUUAACUUAGUUUUAUGAAAUGCUUGAUUAUUAUACAAAUGUAUAUUAAAGACUUAGCAAAUCACAUCAUUAUCUUGUUCAGAUAAGGCAGAACCAAGGCAAACAUUGCAAAUGAGGAAUGGAACACGGUUUAAUUUUUUGUCUUCCCUGUAUGCUUUCGCUAUGCCGCCUGUCAAGUCCAAAGGACAGAGUUUAUAACAAUAAUCCAAAAACCCAAAAAUGAUUCAGCGCUCUGUUAACAAUCAGAGUACCCUUUAAACUCAUUGUAUAUGCUAGUCGCAGAAUUUAUAGCAAUGAUGGACAGGGAGCUAAAAUGGUGGCAUGCAUUUACAGAAUUAAGAGGUGUGACAGUUUUGUAUAUUAUUUUCACCCCUCACCCCAAGUACAUAUUUGUUAAAUGUAAGGAUAAUAUUAAAAAUCCUGGGACUGACCGUUCCCCUUUAAGAACCUCUUUACUAAUGGAAUGUAACUUGCCCGUAAGGGUUACUACCGGGCAUUGCCCAAGGCAUUCUAAUAGAUCUGAGUUCAUUUAAAACAAUUACUGUAUUUGGCAAAAUAAGGAUUAAGAGCCUGUGAGGCCCCAGGCAGGUUACCGGUUUAUGGACCCCCCUUCAUUCUUUACAUAGGGAUGGUUAAUGGGGCCAUGGACAUUCAUAGUUCCGGGGCCCCUGUCUGAUCCCUGAGCUGUAGGUAGCUACCUAGGGUGACCUUAAACAAUUUGGAUUUUAUCUCCAUGGUUUGAUGAUCCAUCCGCACUUGUGCAUAAGUAAAUCUUGCCCUGAUCUUGGGAUAAGCCACUUUGGAACAUAAAAAUGGAGUGAAAUAUGUCUUGUGUGACAUUUUAAACAUUUCCAGUAUGAAGCAGAAAGCUGUUUGUUAGUACUUUUGGGAUCAGUAUGGGCCCCCAGGGGUGAGAAUUAAGAUGGCAGGUCCCUCCGCUGAGUGUCCCUGUCAAUCAUGUUUUGGUUGAUCUCAUAAAUAUUCGCAGUGUGAUUGGCGGUAAUAAAGAAUGGUUAGGGGUAUCUAGUGUGUUUACAUGGUAAGAGAGAAUUAAUGGGUUUAGAAGGAUUUCUCAGAUAGGAAACUAGCAGCGUAUAGUAUAAAGGGGGGUUUGUGUGGGGACAGUGAUGCCACUUUGUAUCAAGCCACUUUCUAGUUUAUAACUGAAAUGGCACAAUUACAGCAGACAGGAAGCUUUUUGUUCUGUCACACAAAAUAUUAACAUAUAGCGGUUACGGCAUCAAUUAAUACAUUUUAUGUAAUGAAAACCCUUCAAAAUAAUCAUAGAUCAAAGCCAAUUUAUAUAAAAUAUACACAGUAACCCUUACUUGUUAGUUUCAAACUCAAAGUAUUUAGAUCUUUGUUCAAUUUGCCAAUCUCUCCUUGUGUGCAUCUAAUCCUGUAUUCAGAAAAGAAAUGUCUCUGAUUUAUUCAGUAAAAAUGAAAUUGAAAUUGAAAAGCGACCUGCAAGUCUUAGGCAAAACUAAAGGAUUUGGAAAAAUUCCCAACUCUAGCCAUUGUUCGGGUGUUUUAGCUAAAAUGUAAACCUUUUGGAUUUCAGCUUCCUGGUUUGAUGAUCCAUCUACACUUGAGUAUAAAUUUUAACGGAGCACUUUACAAUAAACGGUUAAGUCGAUGCUAAAGGUGCGUCCUUAUCUCUGGGAUUUACACCAUUAAUUAAAACAUUGAAAACCAUCUAUAAGUUGUUUAACUUAGUUUUAUGAAAUGCUUGAUUAUUAUACAAAUGUAUAUUAAAGACUUAGCAAAUCACAUCAUUAUCUUGUUCAGAUAAGGCAGAACCAAGGCAAACAUUGCAAAUGAGGAAUGGAACACGGUUUAAUUUUUUGUCUUCCCUGUAUGCUUUCGCUAUGCCGCCUGUCAAGUCCAAAGGACAGAGUUUAUAACAAUAAUCCAAAAACCCAAAAAUGAUUCAGCGCUCUGUUAACAAUCAGAGUACCCUUUAAACUCAUUGUAUAUGCUAGUCGCAGAAUUUAUAGCAAUGAUGGACAGGGAGCUAAAAUGGUGGCAUGCAUUUACAGAAUUAAGAGGUGUGACAGUUUUGUAUAUUAUUUUCACCCCUCACCCCAAGUACAUAUUUGUUAAAUGUAAGGAUAAUAUUAAAAAUCCUGGGACUGACCGUUCCCCUUUAAGAACCUCUUUACUAAUGGAAUGUAACUUGCCCGUAAGGGUUACUACCGGGCAUUGCCCAAGGCAUUCUAAUAGAUCUGAGUUCAUUUAAAACAAUUACUGUAUUUGGCAAAAUAAGGAUUAAGAGCCUGUGAGGCCCCAGGCAGGUUACCGGUUUAUGGACCCCCCUUCAUUCUUUACAUAGGGAUGGUUAAUGGGGCCAUGGACAUUCAUAGUUCCGGGGCCCCUGUCUGAUCCCUGAGCUGUAGGUAGCUACCUAGGGUGACCUUAAACAAUUUGGAUUUUAUCUCCAUGGUUUGAUGAUCCAUCCGCACUUGUGCAUAAGUAAAUCUUGCCCUGAUCUUGGGAUAAGCCACUUUGGAACAUAAAAAUGGAGUGAAAUAUGUCUUGUGUGACAUUUUAAACAUUUCCAGUAUGAAGCAGAAAGCUGUUUGUUAGUACUUUUGGGAUCAGUAUGGGCCCCCAGGGGUGAGAAUUAAGAUGGCAGGUCCCUCCGCUGAGUGUCCCUGUCAAUCAUGUUUUGGUUGAUCUCAUAAAUAUUCGCAGUGUGAUUGGCGGUAAUAAAGAAUGGUUAGGGGUAUCUAGUGUGUUUACAUGGUAAGAGAGAAUGAAUGGGUUUAGAAGGAUUUCUCAGAUAGGAAACUAGCAGCGUAUAGUAUAAAGGGGGGUUUGUGUGGGGACAGUGAUGCCACUUUGUAUCAAGCCACUUUCUAGUUUAUAACUGAAAUGGCACAAUUACAGCAGACAGGAAGCUUUUUGUUCUGUCACACAAAAUAUUAACAUAUAGCGGUUACGGCAUCAAUUAAUACAUUUUAUGUAAUGAAAACCCUUCAAAAUAAUCAUAGAUCAAAGCCAAUUUAUAUAAAAUAUACACAGUAACCCUUACUUGUUAGUUUCAAACUCAAAGUAUUUAGAUCUUUGUUCAAUUUGCCAAUCUCUCCUUGUGUGCAUCUAAUCCUGUAUUCAGAAAAGAAAUGUCUCUGAUUUAUUCAGUAAAAAUGAAAUUGAAAUUGAAAAGCGACCUGCAAGUCUUAGGCAAAACUAAAGGAUUUGGAAAAAUUCCCAACUCUAGCCAUUGUUUGGGUGUUUUAGCUAAAAUGUAAACCUUUUGGAUUUCAGCUUCCUGGUUUGAUGAUCCAUCUACACUUGAGUAUAAAUAUUAACGGAGCACUUUACAAUAAACGGUUAAGUUACCGUUAUAUAUUUCAAUACAGCGAUCACUUUGAUACAAACUGCGGCCCUGUCUUGUAUGGUAAUUAGUCGCUGUGUUAUCUUUUAAUUCACACUGUGUGCAUCAUCCUUGAGACGAAUUGUACAAAAUGGUGUUCGUUGAAUCAUUCAGAACCCGUUCACACGGUCGCGAAAUUGCUGCGACAUAUUGCAGUACAAUCACCGUCUACAUUUUGUAUGCGAGUUUUCUCUGUCACUUGGGAAGAUCACAAUGUUUGUGAACGUGGUCUCAUUGUACAUGCUGUGCCGAAUGGUGCAAGGCACACAGAGCAGCUAUCGCUGAACGAAAUAAAAGAGACAAUCGAAUUGUGUUUUAAUCACCCCUGAGGUGGUUUCCCAGGAUCUUAUCUCUCUGGCGGCAUUUAAUCCUUUAUACUGCUAGUUAUGCAUAAAAUAUCAAAUCAGAGAGUUGUUGUGGUUUUUUUUUUUGUCUUUUUGUGUUUUGUUUUUUUAGCAAUUACAGUUUUCAAAAAAAUAGGUCUUGCUAUUUGUCUGGCUAUUUGCACAGUUUAUAUUUCCUAUGUUCUAUAUGUCUAUUUUUAAAAUUAUUUUUUUACUUUUCCUGUCCUCCUUUCCUACGCUGUGUGCCUUUCUCUUAAACUUUCUUUCUAAUGUUCGCCAGUCAUUUUUUCCUACACCUUAGUUAUUUAAUACAAGAUAUGCAAACAAUCUUCACCACAUCAGUAAAAGGAUGAAGUGUGAACCACACAGACACACAUAAAGUAGAAUUAUCACAUCUCUACUAAUUUUAUUUACUGUUAAGAGGACACUGUUGGCACCAUAACCACUUCAUAUCAUUGAAGUGAAUAUGGUGCCUGGAAUCCCCUGCGGCUGGUUUAUGGCUCAGUGUUAAACCAUUUUUUCAAAAGUUUAAAAUUUAAUGAGGGUUACCAGCAGCCGGCAGCACAGCCCACACUGGAGGUAUAGCUAAGGUUAAUUUACAAUUUGCCAUAGGCAUACCACUCACAUCAUCAAUGGAGAGCAGUGAAACUCUUGGCAAAUCACUGCAGCCCAUUGCUGCCCAGACUAAUGAGCAUUAUCCUGAGCAGGAGUAAGUGGCAGGGCUGUAGACAACCAGGGACUGCAGUGUUAAACCAUUUGAAAAUAGCACUAGGGGACUCCAGGUACCAUAACCACUUCAGUGAGAUAAAGUGGUUAUGUGCCCAGAGUGUCCUUUUAAAUUGUAAUCUGUAUUACCAAUAUAUACCACUUGUAUGUGAUGGAUUGUAUUAAAGUGUGGUAAUGACCCAUAUCCCAUUGAUAAGCAUGACAAUUUUAGUUUCUUGUUAAUCAAAUUCUGUUUUUGCACAAAGUAAUGCACAUGCUCUGUAAAUCGACAUACUGUGCCAAUCAUCCAAUCAAUGCAUCUCUAUGGGGAGCAUUCAGUGUCUCCAUGCUGAGCGUAGAGAUGUUGAACAAUGGUCUUGGUCCUGCAAUCUUUGCAGGAUGGAAUCCAGGAAGCCCAAGUCUCUUUAGUGACUCUCGGAGUGACAGCCACUUGAGCAAUGUAAACACUGGGGUUUCUAAAAAAAGUUAGCAUUUAUAAUGCUCAAAAUGCGGUGCAGUUUAUUGGUGCAUGAACCACUACAUUCAGCUGUAGUGGUUCUGGUGUCUAUAGUGUACCUUUAAGGAAGGGGCAUAAAUGUGAGAGCAGCAAGGUAUGGGGUUUAGACAAAGACAAGGAUUCUAGGGAGAGUUAGGAGGGGAAACAUAAAAUAAAUGUCAAUCCUAUGCCCUGGCUAUGCCUGGGAAAAAAAAUCAGACUGUGGCAUAUUUUGAAAUAUGUAAAAAGUGUACAUUGCCGACAUAUAGCCGAACUAAAACAUAGCUGACCUGAUGAAUUAUUCCAGUUUGGCUAUUUUUGCAUAAAGUUGUGAAGUCUGAGUUGUCUUUGAAUUUCUAAUAAUUCACACUUUACAAAUGAAAUCACUAAGGGUCAGUUUGAUGAUUCCAAAUGAUUCGGGACUAACAAAAUACUGUGAUUCAUACAAAACAAAUUCCUUAGACUUUAAUGGUAACUUCUCUAGCUAAAUAAUUUGAGAAACCUUCUAACAAAUGAGUUAAAGCAUUAAAUCGAGGGUUUAGUUGGUACCCUUACUAACUGACCUACUCCGUAUGUUCAAUGGCUUGAGUGAAUUCUGCUUUGUAGAUUUGUCUCCACAGUAAAUGAUUCCCCUCUAUUGACCUCCAACUCAGCACAAAUUCUAGUCCUAUUGUCAUUCUGGCCAAAACAACCUUUUGUGUUCCGAUUGUCACCUCGUAGAGUUAAUGAUUAAAUGAUAUGAGAGCUAAACUGUAACUUAGAAUUCUUUUAAAAGAUGUAAUAACAGCAUUGUAUACAUUUAAUACCCAGGUCCUUUGACCUGAUGUGCAACAUGCAAGCACGCACACGGAUUCUCAAAUUCCUCUUUGUUUCACAAUAUGGGAAAUGUACUAAACUGUUAUAAAGCCUGUACAGAGAGGAAGUUGUAUUCUGCAAUAGCACACUUGGUUUUAUUGGCAUGUCGACAAGUCUGGUAUGUGUAUUUGCAAAAUCCUUUUUCUUCAGCUAUAAAUUUGAUGAUCAAACUUACUAAAUUUUUGUAAAUUUCCAACGUUAUCCAGGUCAAAAGACAUUCUACACUAAACUGAAUACUCGUGGAGAAUUGUCAAGGGAAUUCAAAUAGCAGUCCAAGAUAAGAAAACUGGAAUCAUUUUCCACUGUUGCUGUUGUUGGCCUAGGUAACUUUCGGCACUACAUAUGUUGUUGACUACAUCUCGCCUGACGUUUUGCCAGCAUUAUGGGAGAUGCAGUCCACAACAUCUGAUAGCCUGCCCUUUCACUCCUUGUCAUUUCUCCAUAAUUUAAGUUUUAGUGAUUAAAACCCACGUGGACACCUGCGUUAGCUGACCUGUACGUUGCUGCUGGAUUCUCUCUUUUAAGAAGACUCCUACUAGUUAUUUAUUAAUCAAACCAACCAACAGAAACUGAUGAUUUAAAGGGGAAAUGUUACUCACCAGAAUUAUAAAAAUUAUAUGUAUUUUACCCCUACAUAUAUAUUUCUAAGAUGCUCUUUCAACUCAUUUAGUUUUAUACUUUACAACUCUUUAUCUUGCUCCGGUAAUCUGCAAAAUCUUUUAAAAGAAAACCCAUUAUCUCAUCAAAAAGUUAACACAAAUCUUAUAUGCAUAUCUAUGUUUUACUCAAUGGUGCAAUUUCCGAAGAAGUGGCAGCUCCUCCUUAAGGGACCUAGACAGAAUUGCCUAUUAAGAUCCCUAUUCAGGGCAAGCAUCAUGGCAGGAUAUCCAGACAUAUGCUGAAAGCAAGCCGGUAGAGGUUAAGAGGGUCACCUCUGUCUAGCUCCAGUGGGAGGAAAUUGACAUGUCAAUAAUUGUAUUAACACCAUGUGGACAGCAUUUGGAUUAUCACUUCCUCAUUCCGUAACAGUCCCAGUAUUAGACCUGGGUCAGGCAUGCUAUUUAUUUCUCUAAUAUCCCACUUCAGGCACUUGAUGCAUUCCCUGUAUAAUCUCGAACAUGUCUUUAGUGGCAAAUACACUGCUGAGCAUAAGGAAGGCAUUUGUUUUGUGUUCUGGAAUCUUUGAAAGUAGUGGCUAACCUUGGCAGUCUAGAUGUUUCUGAACCACAUAUCCCAAGUUGCAUAACCUUUUAUAACUUUUGGAUGUCAGGGUUAGCGAUGAAAUUAACUAGUGGCAUUCUGCUGACUAUGUGCUAUCUUGUCUCUCUUGGUGGCUAAAAAGAGUUAGUAAAUCGUGAACUUUCCCACAAAUAACUUGUGCUGCAUAAAAGUGAGUGUGUACACAGAUGUCACAAUUGUAGUUUUGUCUGUCGGAUUCUCUUGGGAGGUUUCAAAUAAGAUGUAUCUGACACAAUGUUCUAAUUUAAAUGUGUUUGGUAUAAAAUCUGUUCUUGUGCUAACGACAUGUGCGUCCAAACUUAAUUUAUUAACCUUUACUAUACUUUAAUUUUGGCCCCUCACUGCUCUUGCUUAACUGUAUUGAAGAAGCAGGGCAGCAGUAUGUGGGACUGCGGCAAUGGUGGGAGGGAGGGACAGUAUUGAGGAAAAUAAACACACACACAAACACACACACUCUCUCUCUCUCUCACUUUUUUCAAUCGACCCAGUCUUCCUACCCUUUGGAAACCUGGAGUCGAUCCCCAGCCUGGGGUUCAGUGGGCUGCCGCAGUGCUCCUCUGAGGCAGCUCUGACCCAGAUCCGCAUUUCCUGUAUAGCUCCCUCGUGCGCCCCGCAGUGGUGCCUAGGAUUUGGAAUAUGACGUCACAUUCCGACUCCCAGGACCUCUACAGGGCGCGCGAGGGAGAUAUAUAGGAAAUUCGGAUCUGGAACAGGUAAUGGUGCUCUGCCACGCUACAGGAAAUGACUAUCAGAAUAUAAGUGCUGUACACUUCUCUCCUGAUGGCCAACUGGAUAUUUGCGCACCCCCCCGGGCCGGAGCGCCCUAAGGCGGCCUCCUGUGCCGCCUUAUGUUAGUGCUGGCCCUGCACACACAAUGACACACAAACUCAGACACAGUAUGCCCACACUACUGUAUGUACACUUGGACACCAUAUACACAGAAUAACAUGCUGCUAUAUAAAACCACACACUGCUGUACACACACACUCAUUUAGAUAGCAUACACAAAAAGACACACACGGCUAUACAUAGUAUACACACUCUGACACAGUAUACACACUGCCACACACUCUGAAUCAGUAUACACACACCGCUAUGCAUACAUAAUACAUGUGCAAUCACACAUAGUACACACAAAGUAAGUAGUGUUUUUUAUUGAUUAAGGGAUUUACUCUAUCUAAAAAAAAUUCUCUUAUGUUACUUCUUGAGAUUUUAUGUAACAUCUGGUGAUGUAACACACAAUUAAUUAUGCAAAUUAGUACGGCAGGUAUUUUUUUUUUGCAAAGAAGGUGGACACCCUAAGACAUUUCUGUGUAAUUGUUAUCCUGUUUGUUACAUUUUUUAGCUGUGAGUGGUAAAAGUUUUAGAAUCGUAAAGCACAAAUAAAAAACGAUGCUUUAACAUGGAGGUUAUCCACUAAAUUAGGAAUAGUGAAGAAACGUCAAGAUUGCAAUGAGCCUGCAUAGCUUCAUGGAAGGUGUUAAUGUCACACUUUGAAUGUGUGACUGAGGAAGUGCUGGGCUAGUGGCAAAGGCUGGGUUUUAGUUCCCCAAAAUAAAGUUUGCAAUACUCUGUUCCUGGAACCUCCGGGACACAGACCUUUGUUGGUAAACAUAAAAAAAAGACACUUUAAACCCUUAGGGGCUUAUUCACUUGAUUAAUUGAGCGUAUGGGGCUGGGUUUAUUCACUAAAUACAGACUUGUAAUGAGUUUAUGCAGAGUAUGAUUAAUUAAGCGUACGGGGCUCUAGAGAGGUUACGAGUUACCCCCCCGACACCCCUAAAGAAAUCCAUAAUUCCAGGGCUCCUGUCUAACGCCCGGAUCCAAGGCGUCCACCAAAGGUUGACUUAUGGUUACUCCUGCUCUUAAUUUACGUGUUGUGCUUCAAACUUAAAGACAAUAGGGAAAAUUGGAAAAAGACACCUCAAACUGAUGUAAUUCAUGACAAAUAAUAUUAUUAAAUGAUUUUGCAACCAAUGCAUCACUUUUUAUUUAUAGAACUGGGAAAGAAAUUUGAAGAUUUUUUUUUUUUCCUAUAUCUGUUGAGUUUUCAAUAGUUGCGGAGUCGUAGGCGAAUCCCGGUACCUGCCACAUUGUUACCAUAUAAUGCCGAGGAGGACUGUUUUUGGUGUACUCUGUGCUAUGAUGCUGUAUGUUCUGUAAGACCUAUUGGAGGAGAUAAAAUUCACAGCAAUGUGCUUUGUGUAUCUUUGUGCCACAGAGCUCCACAGCAAUAAAACUCACAGCAAAAUGCUUUGUGUAUCUUUGUGCCACAGAGCUCCACAGCAAUAAAACUCACAGCAAUGUGCUUUGUGUAUCUUUGUGCCACAGAGCUCCACAGCAAUAAAACUCACAGCAAUGUGCUUUGUGUAUCUUUGUGCCACAGAGCUCCACAGCAAUAAAACUCACAGUAAUGUGCUUUGUGUAUCUUUGUGUCACAGAGCUCCACAGCAAUAAAACUCACAGUAAUGUGCUUUGUGUGUGAGUGAACAGAAUUUUUAAUAUUGACAUCUGCUGCAAAAUAAUCGAGAAGAUCUGCUCGGGAGAGAGGGUUCUGGAUCCUGUCUAUGACGAGGCUUAUGGGAUGUCGAGAUGAAUGUCUUCAAUUGCUUCUACGACAUUUGAGUCUUGUUCAGCAAAGGGCAAGCUAGUAAAAGCUCUUAUCCUUUCACUGAUGACUGUCUCUUAAACAAUAUUUAUGAGGUUUUUGUUUUGUUUUAACAGUGUGUGUGUGUGUGUGUGUGUCUUCUUACAAUUGUAAAAGAAAAUGGCUGUUUCUCCUUCCUCGGUUUUUCCCCAUAUUUAGUUUUUUUUUGUUUGUUUUUUCUGAAAAAAAAUAUUUUACUGUUUUGUUUACAGGACCCUGUCCACUGGGGCUUCCAUCCUGCUUUCCGUAUGACUAGGAGUCAGACUCUGCUGCCGUACAUUGCGGUCCAGUUCAAUAAGAUGGGUUCGUUCCGCCGCCCUAGGCCACGGUUUAUGAGUUCUCCUGCCCUUAGUGACUUGCCACGCUUCUAUGCCAACAGACAGACUGCACAGCUGAACUCCAGCACUGUGUGGAACAGGUAAGAGAUGGGAUAACAUUGAACCAAACAUACAUUUUAAAAGGAAGGAGUAGUAUUGUAUUGGUCAUGGCUUCUAUUGUUUGCUUAGAACUCUCUGUAUCACCUAACUUCUCUGAUCUAAUCAGACACUCCUGAUCUGUCCUGACACCCUGGAUUUUAUAGGAAAACAAGAAUAUAAGUCCCCAACAUUUGCAGCUCUAACAUGCUAUGAAAUAUGUUUGUGCCAAGUAAAAUCAAUGAUGGGCACAUACCCCUUCUGUCCUUCUCCUGCUGUUUUCAUGGUUUCUAUUGAUGCAAGCCAUUUCUAGCGUGGGGCAAACCAGGCUGCAUGGAGUGCUACCGGUGUUCAUGCACCGGUAGGGAGGUAAAAAAAAUGUCCAUGACAAGCACUGUGCCUUCCUCUCUAUAACAAUGGAGCCAGUGGUCUGCUCCUCCUGCAAAUGGAGAUUGCUGCUCUAUUGACCCUAGCACUCACUGAAUGGGUCAUUCAGAAAGUGCAGCCCAAAUGCUCCACCCAUAUAGGUCAGCUUCCACAGAAACACCAGGAAUUUUACCCUCUCUCUACCCAGGUAAGCAGGAGGGGGACAAAAUGCACAAAACACACAAACAAACACACACACCUGGACGGCACUGGAUGACUGAGAGUAAACAUUGGGAGGUCAAGAAGGGGAAUUAUAAAACUUUGGAAUUUGAUAAGGGAGAGAGGUGUGCAUUCUAGAAUGUCACCCUGGGAUUUGGUUUCUCUAAAUACUGCCCCCUGUUCAUGUUGUACACUCAUCACGCUUUGAUGGGAUUAAUACUUAUUCUCCGGACAUCUUUACUAAUUCCCAGGCCAGCUUUGUGAUAUAAUUUAUAUAUGAUGAUUAUUAAUAUUAUUAUAAUUAUAUAGCACCAACAAAUUCCGUAGCGCUGUGCAAUGGGUAGGCUAACAAACAUGCAAUUGUAACCAGACAAGUUUGACGCACAGGAACAGAGGGGCUGAGGGCCCUGCUCAAUGAGCUUACAUGCAAGAGGGAUAAAGUGACACAAAAGGUAAGGGAAGUAUUAUAUAUAGGCAUACAUUUUAAUUAUGUAGCACGUCACUAACAUCAGCAGUUGCUUAUGAAUUGUUGCCCAGAGUCCUGCAGUAUCUCCCGUCUCCAUCCCAUCAUAUCUCCCUGUUGAUGGUGGAAUCAGGCGUUUACGCAUAUUCUGGAUGAUCAGACCCUCCCCGGCUGCCUUGUCAUGUUGUGUGUGUGAAGGUGACCCAGAAACUGUCAUUUCUCUGCAUGCCCACACAACAGGCACACUUUAUGCAAAGCACCCUGGGAAAGCAUUGCGAUAAAAUGUUUGUGCAAUAGACCAUGCACAGGCCUCUGCAGCUCGCUCUUUGCAACCUAUCUGCCUACAUCGACACACGGUUACAAACAGAAAACAUGUUUAUAACCACAAUAUACAUAUAACUCAGUUGUUGUUGUUUUUUUAAGCAAAUGCGUUUGUAUUGAAUUGUAUCAAUUUGUUUGUAUUCACUUAAUUGAAUUGUGGAAGAAUUAACAAAAUAAUAUUUUGGGUUUAAAUAGCUGAACUACGGGAAAAAAGGUGAUUUUUUUGUUUGUUUUGCAGUCCUACAUUCAAAUUAACUUCUUGUUUGUUUUACUGUUUUUCUGUAUAUGAUUCUUGUGCUCUAUACACGUAUAGUGUGUGUGAUACAUUGACUGACUAGUUGGCUACUGCAAUGAGAGAUGUGACUGGCUAACCAUAUUCUGUUUUUCUUUCUCAGUGUCCAGUCGGCCGUAAUAAAUGUGUUUAAAGGUGGCGGGCUCCAGUCAAAUGAACUGUACUCUUUGAACGAAAGCGUCAGGUAUGGAAUGUUGUGCGCAAGCUGAAUUGGGGAAUGUCAUCGUUUUUAUUUUAUGUAACGGGGAAUCGUGAUCCAAAUUGUAAAUAAUCCUCAUUCCUUUUAAAUACCUCCUACUCUAGACUAGGAAGCCAGUAUUGUUAUGCCAGUUUAGUAAAUCUCUGAGACUUGAUAAAGGCUCACAGAAGAGCCGAAACGUCUCCACUUUUUUGCUCCUAAUAAAAGACUGGCUUUUAGAAGAAACCUCAUGUGUGCCGGCUAUUUAUCUUUUUCUUCCAGUUUAGUAAAUCUCAUUAGUCAAUAAUGUUUGGUUCUUUUGACAAGUAUCUGUGUUUCUAUUGAUUUAUUUCAGUUUAUUUUGUUCCCUAAAUCUGGCAUUGUGGAGAAAUGACAAAAUGACAAAGGCUUCUAAUAUUAGUCCAAAUUUGUAGAACUGGAAGCAUAAACAUGUGCAAGGGUUGUGCCCCUGCACACCCGAGUGCUGAUAUAAACAGGGCAGCCCUCCAAAAUUGUACUGACUAUAAUAAGUAUAAUAAAAAGGAACAUCUACCAUCAAACAUACAAGGUAUAACUUCUACACAAAUAAAAUAAACAAGUUAUGUAUAUGUUUCAAAUUCAUAUGUUUGUAGUUUUAUUACACACACAAGGAAUAAUAAUUAUAGUAAACACAAGUUUUGUAUUAUUAUUAAUUAUAUGAUUGUUAUUCUAUUUACUAUACUGUUAUAUAUGCUAUUAUACUAUUACUGAUGCCGCCAAGUAAAAACUAUAAAAAUGAUGUAUUUUAAUAAUAACUAGUUUAUAAUACUGUAAUGCAGAGCCAACUUAUCCCCCGUCCUUUGUUUAGGUGGACACUUUUGUGUGCAUUUGUGUAAGCUUGAUUUAUUUUGUAGAAACAAAUUGCGACUAUUACUAUAUAUAUCUGGACACAACACACAAGUAUAAAAUAUGAAAUUUUUAUAGUUAAGUUUAGAUAUUGUUCUCUGGGUGCGCUUCCUAAUGCAAUGACUGGAAGCGUAGGUAAGUUGGAGAACUUUUCCAAAUUGGCUCUUUUGUCCUACCUUCGUCGGAUCUCCAUACAGUUGAUUUAGUAAAUAACUACAAAGGUGAUUCUUUUUAAAAAAAAGUGUUUAUUUUUUUUUUAUUGCAUACAUUCUACCUCAUUCUUCCGCCAUUUGCAACAUUAAGGAAACCAAUUAAUUAGCCAAGGCGAUUCCUUUGGAAUAUAUUCUUGAUUAAUUAAAUAGGCAGUGGGCACUUUAAGCACCAUAACCACUACAAGAGAGUCUGGACGUCAUUCCAAUUUUUUAGAUUUGGAUAGCUUUUCUGUAUAACCAGCAAAGGAAAGAGGUGACUGGCACACUGAACAUGAUUGUGGAAAUCACUGUAGGACACAGUUUUUUUUUUUUGUUUUUUUUUUUUAAAAGACUUUCAUUUCAUGUUAUUCUCAUUACAAUGUAAAACAAAAUUUCCUUGUUAGAAGCACGGAAAUAGAGCACCUUGAAAAGCACUUAUUUUUCUUUAAGUUAGUGGCUGUUAAACAAUAUGCACCUUGUGGGACAGCCCUGUACCACGCAUUUUCUAUAAACAUGCACUGUACAUUAUUUGGAUACUGUGGCGUACCUCAAAGGAAUCUUUACGCAUGCAUAUUUUAUUUUACGAACUACCCUGUUAUAUAUAUAUAUUUUUUUUUCUUUUAGACAUUUACUAAAAAGUGAACUUGGAUCCUUUAUCACGGAAUAUUUUCAGGUAAAUAAAAUUUAACAAAAACAUUUAAUUGUUGUAUGUUGCUAAAGAAAAUGCAAAGUCUGCUGUUUGCAUUAAGUGCUGAAAUGCAUUUAGAUGUGGUUUGUGACCUGUAAUUUCUCGUGAUAAGCUGUCGUCUCAUUUUCUUGGUUCCGAGACGCGCGGUUUAGCAAUUAUGAUUUAAAUGCUGGAAGACCUGUUACAUCAAUAUUAACACCUGUGGAUUCUUGCAAUAGCUGAAUUCUGGAUGUUAUCAAACCCUUAAAGGCACAGUUUGAUGUUUUCGCUAUUUAAUUUUUAUUUAUUUGAGUAUUAGAUGUGGUGUGUUAUAGGAUACUGUAUCGUUGGCGGGGGAUGUAAUUGUUGCAUAAUAAUUAUUACUAGAGCUCGGUUAUCUACAGAAUAUGUUUGCGUUUGGCUCCCAGACCUAUGUAGGUUCUAAAUUGUUUUCAUGCUGUUGGGCAGUACAUGAAGAGUGCUACCCAACAGUUUGUAAAAUUGUAAAAUUCAUCAGACGUGGUCUGGUAAUGGUAAGUUUCCUUUUUAAAGUAUAUAAACGCUUUACACAUAUAGAAUUGAAAACCCAAGAAAAACACGGUGGAUGUGGUAACUCUAUGUGCGUGACAAGGAUACAAUAGGAUAACAUUUUUCUUUUGAGGCAAACCAACAAGCAGAGAAGCAAUUCACAAAUAGAAGUGGUCACCUGCAAUCGUGAACUAAAGAGAGAUUUUUUUUCAACAUUUGAGAAGAGGGGAGUAAGAGGAGAAAUUGGAACAAUGUUUCUGUUCUCGUUAAUUGAAUUGUGUGCCCUGGCUGUGCCUUGACUGAACUUGGGAUGUUACCUGCUGAGUCUUUAAUGGACAUUUUAAUAGAAUUUAGAACAUUAGGUGAAGAGGAUAACACAAGUUACAAGUGAUUUUCCAUAUGAUAUUUUUUGGUGUAAUUUUCAGAGAACUGACAGUUCAGCUUUAACUAAUCUAGAUCGUUGUCUUGCGACCCAUCCUUGAUAUGAUUUCUGUCUACCUACACUUUUCCUGUGCUGCACAUCACCCUGAAGACAUGAUGUGUGACAAGGGGAAAAGGAUGGAUCUAGUACCCCUGCCUGAUAUUCCCAAACUAGGCGAGUUUGGUUAAUUUCUGGGAAAAUUUAUCCUGUCUUUAACUUUCUUCCCUAUACAAAAAAAAAAAAAAAGAUUAAAAUGUAGAUUUUUUCCUACCACAGCGUAGUAACAACCCGUUCGUUUCAUUCAGCUGAGCAAACAAAAUUAAACAAAUCUACAGCUUUGAAAAACAAUCAAGGUUAUUUACGAAAGUGUAAAUUGGCAGGAAUUCAAAACAUUUUUUUUUUUACAUUUUAGACCGAUGUAACGGAAUUGGAAAAAAUGAAAAUCUCUAAUUAUUUUCACUUCGAUGUUUUUCCUUCUAAAAUAUUUUACAUUUUAGUAAAUAUCACUGUAUUUAUUCCAUGGUAACUGACACUGAUUUUAAACUGACAUGUGCCUUAUUUGUGGGUAGUUUGCAAAUGAUCCUAUUUAUGAAUUCGUGCUGGGGAUUCCCCUUUAAUUCAUUUAUUUAUUUUUGCAUUUCCCCUUCCCACUUCUGUUUUUAGUGUUUGUUUUACAAGGUUGAGUAUCUGCCUCCUCUUCGUAUUGUGUAUUUUAGGUGUACUUUUUUUUUCUAGUGAAACUUUUAUAUAGCCCUCCCUAAAUACUCGUACUAAAUAUAUGUGGUUUUCUGAGAAUAUUUCAGAAUUUGCAGUUUUAAUAACCAAAUGUUUCACUAACGGUUAGCCAGUCAUAACAGGUUUCUCCAAAACAUUAUACUUUAGCGAAAGCCAAGCCUCCCACUCAGUCUAGUUCCCCUCAAUCUACCCUUUUAACUCCUUCAAGUCUCCCACUCAGAAUACAGUCAUUUUUCUCCUAAACCGUUGUUUAACACUUUCAAGUCUCACAAUCUGAAUACAGCUCUGGUCCUUUCCAUUGCUGUUGUUUUACUAUGAUUCCAAAUCCACCAGGACAUAUUUAACUUCUAUUUAAUUUAAUGACAGACAACAGAUGAAGAGUACUGACCGGUAGACUUCAUAUGCUGCUGGGUGAUCCAUUAACUAAUCGAAGGGACAUUCUAGAGCAGUGAUGGCGAACCUAUGGCACGCGUGCCACAGGUGGCACGCCGGGCCCUCUCUGUGGGCAUGCGGCCAUAAGUCGCCGGGAGAGGGGGCCGCUGACUGUCUGCAGAGUAGGCACCUGCCUACUCUGCUUCCGUGUCGGGAGGCAAGGGAAGGGCUCUGGAAAGCAGCUCUCCUGUCCUCCCGCGCGAUGCUGUGUGGAGCGUUGCCGCACGUUACCAUGGCAACACUCCACACAGCAUCGCGUGGGAGGACAGGAGAGCUGCUUCACACAAACCUAGUUACCACCACCGGACCACCAAGGAUAGCUGUUUGUGUCCCCCCACUCCUUCACCAAAGGUAAGAGGAAGGGAGGGGGGAUACAGAAUUAAUAAAUAUAUAUAUAUAUUUUUUUUAAUGUUCCCCUACCCCCCACACACAGCACACUACCCCCCCCACAUAGCACACUACCCCCCCACACACAGAACCCUACCCCCGCACACACAUCACCCUACCCCCCACACACAGCACCCCUUCCCCCCACACAGCACCCCUACCCCGCACACACACAGCACCCGCACACACUGCAUCCCUCACACACACACACAGCACCUCUCAGACGGACAGACACACACAGCACCUCUCAGACAGACACACACACAGCACCUCUCAGACACACACAUCACCCCUCACACACACACUGCACCCCUCAGACAGACACACACACACACACACACACACACACACACACAACACCUCUCAGACAGACAGACACACACAGCACCUCUCAGACAGACAGACACACACACAGCACCUCUCAGACAGACACACACACAGCACCCGUCACACACACAGCACUCCACACCCUUACACACAAACACAUACACUGCACCCCUUAAUGCAGUCUGUCUGUGUGUGUGUGUGUAUUCAGCAGUUUGUGUGUGUGUAUUCAGCAGUCUGUGUGUGUGUGUAUUCAGCAGACUGUUUGUGUGUGUAUUCAGCAGACUGUGUGUGUGUGUACUCAACAGACUGUGUGUGUGUGUGUGUACUCAGCAGAGUGUGUGUGUACCCAGCAGACAGUGUGUGUGUGUGUGUGUGAGUACUCAGCAGUCUGUGUGUACUCAGCAGUCUGUCUGUAUGUGUAUUUAGCGGCCGGGGUGUGAAUGUGUUCAGCAGUCUGUGUGUGUAUGUAUUGCAUUUGUUGGAGAUAUUAAUAAAUAUAAGCUUAAUUUUAUCGAUUUAUAUCAUUAUUUAAAAUUUGUAUCAUUGAACUCUCUGUGUUCUUCUUUUAAAACAAAGUUGUUAAUUAGUUCGGACAACUGUACGAGUUGUUUUUUCUAAACUUAAACCUCAGUAUUCAGGUUUAAUUGCUGUGUUGGCACUUUGAGGCAUGUAUUGCGGUUUGGGCACUCGGGCUCAAAAAGGUUUGCCAUCACUGUUCUAGAGAUUCUGAUUUCUUUCCUCCAGUAUAUGAAUGAUGUCUACUGCAGGAUAGCACUGUCCGUUACCAUGAAGUGAUAUAUAUCUAGAAAUAUAUGGUGUUUCAAGCGCCACAAUUUAUUUCCCCAGUUGCUAAGUUUGGGAUAUUGAGGCCCUGUCAGGCAGUAAAGGGUACCGUAGGGGGUGAGUCAUUGAACCCCAGGCCACUGCUGGUUUUGGUCCAUGGAAUGGACGGCUAGGAUACACCAUAACUCUUUUUUUUAUUUUUUUAUUUACAGAAUCAGUUACUAUCAAAAGGUCUUGUGUUAAUGGAAGAGAAGGUGAAGUUGUAUGAAGGUGAGACAUUGGAUUUACACAGGAAAUUGUAUUGUAGUAAUGUACACUGUUGUCAAGAAAUUGAAAUCAAAUGUGUGUCCUUUUGAAUUCAAAAUAAAUAUGUAGAUAAUUGUGACCUCAUCACAUGACCUUAUAUGUCCACAGACAAGUAGAAUUCAAACAGUACCAUUUAACAUAUAUGCCACAUGAUUUUAUUUAUUUACCAAUUCUCAUAUGGUACCGUUAGGGGGCACAUUUUGAGGCACAGUGCCAACAAAUUAGGGGGUAGCGAUCGCUAAACAUUUCUACCUAUGGAUUCAUACUUCCCAAGUGUCCCUAUUUAUGAGGGACAGUCUCAAUUUUGGACCCAAAUCCAUCUGUCGCUCUUUUCAGUCCUAAUGUCCCUGUUUUCUAGGAGCUCCAUAUUGUUGUAUUUCAGUGUAUCACAGAGCUCCACAGCAAUAAUACUCCCAGUAAUGUGUCUAUAAACUACAAUAAGUGUGUUUAGAAAUCAGUCUGUGUAAAUAAGAUACAUUGCUCUUCUAAAUUACAUUUUUGUUACAUAAAUUGUUAUUAAUACAUCACCUAAAAUGUUUUAGAACAGCUCUGCCCCUUAAAGGACCACUCUAGGCACCCAGACCACUUCAGCUUAAUGAAGUGGUCUGGGUGCCAGGUCCAGCUAGGGUUAACCCAUUUUUUCAUAAACAUAGCAGUUUCAGAGAAACUGCUAUGUUUAUGAAUGGGUUAAGCCUUCCCCCAAUCCUCUAGUGGCUGUCUCAUUGACAGCCACUAGAGGCGCUUGCGUGCUUCUCACUGUGAUUUUCACAGUGAGAGCGCAAGCGUCCAUAGGAAAGCAUUGUAAAUGCUUUCCUAUGGACGGCUGAAUGCGCGCGCAGCUCUUGCCGCGCGUGCGCAUUCAGCCAAUGGGAGGAACAGAGGAGGAUUGGAGGAGGAGAGCUCCCCGCCCAGCGCUGGAAAAAGGUAAGUUUUUACCCCUUUCCCCCCCAGAGCCGGGCGGGAGGGGGACCCUGAGGGUGGGGGCACCCUCAGGGCACUAUAGUGCCAGGAAAACGAGUAUGUUUUCCUGGCACUGUAGUGGUCCUUUAAACUCGUUUUCCUGGCACUAUAGUGCCCUGAGGGUGCCCUCACCCUCAGGGCCCCCUUCCCGCCGGGCUCUAGGGGGUGGAAGGGCUAACAUUUACCUCUUUCUCCAGGGAACUCUCUUCCUUCUCUCCUCCUCCAUAUCGCCGUCAUCGGCUGAAUGCACAUGCGCGGAAGGAGCCGAGCACGCAUUCAGCCAGUCCAUAGGAAAGCAUUCUCAACGCUGGCAUCUUCUCACUGUAAAAAUCACUGUGAGAAGCGUGGAAGCGCCUCUAGCGGCUGUCAAUGAGACAGCUACUGGAGGCUGGAUUAACCCUAUUAUAAACAUAGCAGUUUCUCUGAAACUGCUAUUUUUAUAGAAGAAAGGGUUAAGCCUAGCUGGACCUGGCACUCAGACCACUUCAUUAAGCUGAAGUGGUCUGGGUGCCUAUAGUGGUCCUUUAAGAACAGUUUGAAAACUUACCUGGGGUCUGCUGGGAUAUGGGACUGUAGUGUGUGAGUGGUGCAAUGUGUGAGGGGGGCAGUGUGUGUGUGUGGGAGGGGUGUAGUGUGUGAAUGUGUGUAUGGGGAGGCAGUGUGUAAGUGUGUGUGUGUGGCAAUGUGUGUAUGUGUGUGGGGGGGGCAAUGUGUGUAUGGGGCAAUGUUUGUAUGGGGGGCUGUGUGUGUGUAUGGGUGGGCAGUGUAUGUGGGGGCAGUGUAUGUGGGGGCAGUGCAUGUGUGUGUGAGGCAGUGUAUGUGGAGGCAGUGUAUGUGUGUGUAUGUGGGGCAGUGUAUGUGUGUGUGUAUGUGGGGGCAGUUUAUGUGUGUGUAUGUGGGGGCAGGUUAUAUGUGUGAGUGUGUGGGGAAGUGUAUGUUGAGGCAGUGUAUGUUUGGGGAGCAGCUUAUGUUUGUGGGCAGUGUAUGUGGGGGGGGGGGGUAGUGUGUAAAUGUGUGGUGAGCAGGGUAGGGAGGCUUUUUUAUUAAAAAAUGUUUUUAAUAAAAAUAAAUAAAUAUAUGUCCCCCCUCCCUUCUUACCUUUACUGAGGGAGGAAGGGGGACAUUUCUCGAUCCCUGGUGGUCACAGUGGGGAGAGUGAACUCUAGCCUGCAGCUCCAGGGCUAGAGUUCACUCUCGCGAGAUCCGGAGCGUUGCCAUGAUAACCGCGGCAACGCUCCGUGCUUGCGAGAGAAGAACCUGGAGGAGCUGCAGGCUGAGCUCCCGGGUCCUCUCUCCCUCCCUGCCGGCUGCCAGCACAGUGCCUGCGGACCAGGGAGGGAGAUCACUGAUCUGCCUUCCGGUCUGUGAAGGCACAUUGCAGGGCUGGCGCUUGGACAGUGCCAGCCCUGCAUUAGCCGGCAGAGGAGACCCUCGGGGGGGGCAGUUCCCCUGUUGCCCCCCCCCCGACGGUUCCGCCAGUGUGUCAGGCUGACUGCCAAUCAUGCAGGAUGACUAACCAAGGGCAUACUGUGCAGACAGCAUGCUAAGCUUCGCAUAAAUGCGUCUAAUGAUGCGCUCACGCUACGCUUUCUAAGGACUGUUCAAUAGCACUCGCUGAUCCUCUCCUCUAUCUUCUUACUAGCAGGCAGGGGCUCCUGUAAUAUAGUCUGGGACAGAGAAAAGGUGGAUCUAGUGAGUGUAGAAGAAAGUGAACAUGCCACAGUGAUAGAGAGACUGAAGCAGCAAGAGCAUUUGCAUAAUGCGCAAACUCAUCUUUACAUUAAUUUCAUUGUCAGCAAGUCCACACCGAUUUUGUUCCCCUACAUCCCUCUUAAGUUUCCAUACUUUAGCAAGAGCAAGUGAGGAGUAGUAAAAAAAAAUAAAGAUUUUCUUUAAAUCAAUGGGCUUAUUCCAUAGGCAUGGGCCUGGAGCUGCAGUUCCAUCAGCCCCUACGUUAAUCUGGCCCUGAGAUUAGAGCUGUGAAGAUUGCGAGGCACUGCUAACAGCAAACAGCUGCAGUCCGUUCUCUAGUUUGGCUGUAUUGACCUCAAAAUUGCAAUUUUCUUGUCGGUUUCACAAAAGACACAUUUUAGUGAAUAAAUCCCACACACCAUGAUCAAUAACAUUUAUCAACAUCUAACAUCCUCAGAGCCUCAUUUCUUAUAAGGGAUCACUGAAUUAAUGUCAUGUUCUUUUACAUAACACCUCCACAUAACACAGCGCUGUAUGAUCGAUAAUGCAUCGUCAAAGUGAUUGACAGGAAGAUGAUUUUUUUUUGUUUGUUACAUGACUAUCUAGUCCGCAUUCAUACGGUGAGUCACUAGGAAGACAAAGCUAUAAUCCCCUAUUUUACACCAUCCCUGCUCUAAAGGUGACAGCCCAAUGCUAUUUUAGAAAUUGGAAUCUGCUAUAUUAGACCUGAUGGAUUUAAAAAAAUGUUUCUAAAAAGACGACAAAUAAUUGCUUCCUAAAGAGUGUUCCCUAUCCUGGAUCUAGGUGAAAACCGAAUUGCCAUCAUAUCCGAGCUAUGGGACCAUUUCUUUACUGAAAUCUUGCCUACGCUUCAGGCUAUAUUUUAUCCUGUCCAGGUGAGAGACACGGCAAAACCUUUUAAAUAUUUGAUGUUUUUACUGAUGUGGGGGGAGGUCAUUUUGUGGAAUUUGUGUUCGACCUUUUACUUGGUAUUUCAUCUUGGAAAUGAAAAUGUGAGGUCUCUAGCGACACAUUUACCCUACACAGAUUUUCUAAGAUGUAGUUAAUGUGUAAUUAGUCUUUAAUGCAAACCGCUUGAAAUUGCCCUCAUUAAUUCCUUUGUGUGUGACGACGUGGGUUCCUAAUUAACGUUAAAUCAGGUUUUCUUCUUUUGGCUUCAGUUUAAUAGAAGCAUAAAUCCUGUUAUGAAUGAAUAUUUUGCAGUGGUAGUAAACAUUAGUGGAACAACACAUGGAAUUGGCGUGUUAAACCUCUUACGACACAGGGAGUUGAAAUUAGCAUCUAAGAUAAGAUGACUACAUUUUGUCUUGAAGGCAGGGCGGUUACUUAAAGAGAACUCAUACCUAACAGGUUGUUAUUGACUUUAAUGUUUCUUUGAAAUAUGAUUCAUAACCCACUUCCAUUAUACUAGCUCACAGUCACUGUAGGUGAGGUGACUUAUGCAGGUUUUUCUCACACUCUGUGGUUUAUGCCCAUGGAGAAUGCAUGCUCUAACUAGGAACUAUCUCUUACCAGCAUUUUCUAAUAUUAUGUAUGUAACAAAUAUGUAUCUGUCAGGUUUGAAAAAUAAAAUUAAGUGUAGAAACCUCGGCGCUGUAUUAACUCUCUAUUCUGUAACUAAGCACAUCCAUAUUGCCUUCCUGUCAGUCAUUGUUAUAAGCCCUAUCCUUUGCACCCAUCAGACCACACAGAGAGCGCGUAGAGAGAGGAUCCAACUGGAUUGGGAUCUCAAUUUAAUAUAAAUUUAAAAGAAAACUGUGUAUCUUAAGAAGAAAAAAAGGCCAACAGAACUUAUUGGUGGUUUUCAAUGUUUUAUUCAUUAGUGUGAUUUAUUAAGAAGUGAGGGUGCAACUUAAACCCUUCUGGUGUUAUGGGUUGCUCAUAAAGUCGUUUUUUUUUUGUUUUUUUUUUAUUGGAGAACCUAACCAAUGUAAAAUAUGUGGAAAAUAAAAUUUCACUUAUCGGUUACCUUUCCUGAGGAUUCACCAGAGGAUUUUUUUAGAAGAAAUACGUUUUAAGUCGAAUCAAAUUGAGGUUGUGUAAGGAAAUUAAAAACAAAUAUCUGGCUGACUAAAUAAAAAAUAAUUGAUGAGAAAAAGAGAUGAAAGAAUGCCCAAUUUGUUAGGUAUAGUAAAAUCUGCUGAAUAUUGUUUUAGGGCCAAGAGCUUACCAUCCGUCAGAUUGCUCUUCUUGGCUUCCGAGACUCUGUCCUGUUAAAAGUGGGUCUGGAUAAGACGUUGUCGAACAACAGUUCUCCGAUACCACCAUCCUUUCUUCAAAUGCUGCUCGUCCUUCAGGUACAAUGGCGUGUGUAUUUGGAGACUAUAACCGUUUGUACAACUUCUUCCAUAAAUGUUUAACUCAAAGGUGCCACUUCUUGUUUUAAAAGUCUCUGUAAAAAUUGAUAUGUUGUCAUGUAUAUGGGAACCAAUGUAAAGGGCUUCUCUUUAGAUAAUAAAGGAAUACCCGGUUGAACUUCAAGUUUACUACAAGCUUCAGGCUCGGAGAGGGAGAUAAUGUAGAGUACAAUGAACUUCUAAACAUGCCGUCUGGAACAGAGCAGAAGACUUCAGUUGUCACAUUUUGUUCUCUUACAGGGUGUUCAUGAACCUUCUGGUCCAAGUGAAGGUUAUCUAAAGCUGGAGGAACUUGUGAAAAUGGUUGUAUCCCCUUACUUGGCAGCAUACGGAGACAGGACCUACAGCAAUGGUGGUGGCUCCUGUUUUCUUGGUAAGGCCAUGCUUAUAUGGUAUCACUGAUUAGCUGCUUUGCAGAUUUGUUUGAGCACACCAGUUUGGUGGUGAAACUCAGUGAGAGAGUGGACAAGUAUCAAUAAAAAUGCUGUUUCCAAGGCAGCUAGGUUCAGCAUUUAACCCACUCUUUAAUAUAUGUAUGCAAAAAGAAGCCAGUAAGACUAGACUAUAUAAUGUGUUGUGACAGUCACUAGUCUGCAUUUGUCCCUAUAAUGUUCUUUUCCAUCCUGAAAUGUUGGAUAUUAUCUUUUGAAACACAAUUAAAAAUUUUUUAAUGUGUUAACUGUUCCUUUAAUCUCCCCUCCCCUUCCAUGUUGCCCCCUCAUUUAAAUUGUCUGUUAGGGUCUUAUCAAUGUAUGAUUGUGUGCAGCCAUUUUGAAGUGUGUACUUAUGUUAGAGAUUUCAACAUCUCAAUUUAUAAAUUACAUUUCAAUAGCUCUCUGAAAGAUCUCCUUUACAGUUUCCUUUUUAAAAAAAAAAAAAAAAGCUCUGUCGCCCUAUAUUUACCUUGCCAUUUUUAAGGUUUCACAGUCUAUAUUCCCUUCUUGAAACAAGAAAUUAUUUGUGUUGUUUUUAAACGUUCCGUCACUAAUAACUGUAUUUUAUUUUGUGAUCCCUUAUUCCACUCUUAUCUUGACACCUGUUAUUUCUCAUAUUGCUCACGUCCUUUGCUUCCCCACGUAACUGACCUUGGUAGACAAUCAAAAUUGCAUUUUCGAUCUAUUAUUUGAAGUUCAAAACCCGAAAACAAGAUAUCACACACUUUAUAAAUCAUUGUUUCUUAAUCCCUUAAGGACCAAACUUCUAGAAUAAAAGGGAAUCAUGACAUGUUACACAUUGGAUGCCUUGGAAAUUGUGUAGUCUCUAUAGAGUCAGAAGCAUGGGUACAGUGAAAGAUAUGGUUAACAGUCCUAAUCCAUUUCUAAAUUAAAAAAUAAAAUAAAAGACCAGUCUAACAUGAUCUAGGAAAGCAGUAUGGAACAUUCUGGUCAAAACCAUUGAGAAUGUGGCUCUAGACCUUACCCAUAAUAGUAUAGAACAAACCCUGUUUUUGCUUGAAAGUGUGUGGAGGUGGGAAGGCAAGACCACACCAUUUAUUUUCUAAUGUGGCUUACUCAGUCGCAUUUAUUUGAACAUUUUCAUGUUAUUUUCUUUUUGCACCUUUUCCAUGUCUUUAUCCCUUUGCAUUAGGGUAAGAACUGCUCUAUUACCUAUUUUAAUGAAAAUCUUAAACCCCAAACAUGUACGUCUGUGGACAAAAGCUGGAGAAAUAGAUUUCACGAAGUUCAAACCACUUUUGAAUACUGUCACCCAUUUGAAUUGGAGCCAUAGCCCCUCAGGCUAAAUAGGCACAUUAUAUUAAACAUUGUGGUAUUAAUUAGUAACAAAUAAUAGCUGUGCUCGCUUUUGUCGUAGAUUCCAGAGCUGAAAUAGGACAAGGGGCACAGAAAAGGUGUGUGGGAAAAAGACAGGAGGUCAGGGAGGGAAUCUUAAUGUGUGCUCAGCUGUUCGUUCAAUGUCACAGUUGAAUUCAUGUCGGACCUUCAGGGCAUCUAAGCUAGAAUUUCUCAAAUAGUUUGCUUAACCACUUAAGGACCAGUAACAACCUAUGCCAUCUCCACAUCACGGCAAGUUCUGGGUAAUUUCCGCCAGCAAUUCUAAGGAACAGGCGCAAACCAGAAUACCGAGUGCACCUAAGGGCUACAGUUUUAAUGAAGAACACCAAAAAACACAAUCGCUUACGGGAGACAACCCUUUCUCAACGGACAGUGCCUGGUUUGCGCAUGUUCUAUUUUUCUGGCUAUUAGAUGUAUAUUUACCACUAUAAGAGAACCGUAGUGGUUUUGAAACAGCUGCACAGAAGUGAAACAUUUUUUCCAGCUUUUUGGUGAUUCUGUAUUAUCUGAUGCCUAUACUUUUAUUUGUUUUAGCUAUUCUAGGGAGUUCUUUUUUUUUUUUUUUUAUUUGACAAUUUUUAUUGUUUUGUCAUUUCUUGGAAUGUAGAGGGUACAGAAUGAAGAAAGGGAGGGGUAGGGGGGGGGGAGAGGAGGUUGCAAUUCCAUAAAUAGGUUGUGCAAGGUAGUAAAUACCGACAUUGUCUUUAGGCACAAUUGUGAAGUUACAUACAAUAGUUAUUGAGCAGUACCAGACAGUUGACAUUCGUACCUUGGCCCUGGCAUAUAUACCUUUCCCUUACCCUUGAGAUAGAUGUGAGAGCCAGAGCCUAACCUUAUGUCUCAAUAGUGGUGUUUGACAUGCUUCCUCAUGGGAGACCUGAUGUUUGCUUGGGGUUGCCUGGGGUUUAGUCAGGUAACUAAGUAGGUUUGCCUUUUUAUCUCUAGCUUUGUUUGGAGUGGUCGUACUCCUUGUGAUCAGUUAGUCUGACUUUCUCGUAUGAUGGGAUAAUCUUUGAUGGGUAUUCUAAUCUUUGAGGGUUAUUUUAUAGGUUUAGGUCCGUCGUGAGGCCAGCUCACGUUUGUAGGUUCUCUGUUGUACCACCUUUGUAUGUUUCCCAUUUUUCCCAUGCUAUUUCCCAGUGCCUCCGGCGCUUAUUAUGUGGUUUGUUGGGAGGCGUGUUUUGCCGUCUCAUUAUGGUUUCGAAAUGGCCCGCCUGGCUAAUUUGCUGCAUGCACAUGGAGAUAGAGGGUACAGUCUGUGAUAGCCAGUUUUGUGCUAGGGCACCCAGGGCUGCUAUAUUGAUAUGGAAGAUUAGAUACCUGUCUGGCUUAGGUAGCGCUUUAGGAAUAUUGAAAAGCACGUAAUGUUCUAAAUUAUGAGGCAGGGAGCAUCCCGUGCUAUUUGUAAUGAGUUUGGAUAUGUCUUUCCAGUAUUGUUGUAGGCUGGGGCACGUCCACCAUAUGUGUGCCAUGGUCCCUGUGCCUGAUUUGCACCUCCAGCAUUGUGUCGGAAGAGAUUGGUUGUAUUUGUGUAGUCGUAUGGGCGUGAGAUACCAUCUGUAUAAUAGUUUUUUGGCUAACUCUAUAUGUCUUGAGCAUAAAGAAAAGUUUUUGGGAGUGAGGAUCAUAUAUUCCCAUUCUUGUUCAGUAAAUUUUUUGUGGGUCUCUGUUUCCCAUGCUUUGAUAAAUUUAUGUUCAUGCAGUUUGUGUUUUGUGGGUAGUGUUGCGUAUAUGGAGGAUAUGAGUUUCUGGGGUGGUGUGGGGUUAGUAUACAUUUCCUCGAAUGCUGUCAUCCUUUGUGUCUGCGUAUUGAUUGUUUUCUCCUGGAUUUGUAUGCGUAGCCAUGAAUCUAAUUGGCGGUAUGAAUAGUGUGCUACUAUCGGUAGCUUAUGGGAGUUUUGUAAUGAGGCAAAGGUCGUUAGGCCCGUGUUGGUGAUUAUCUGAUGUAGGAAUUGUAUACCAUGUCUUUCCCAUAUUCUGUAGUUAAAAUCCGGGAUAAUGAGCGCUAGUGACUUAAGUGGCAUGGCUUUAGAGAUUGUUGAAUUAUUUGUUAGGGUGGGUCGGGCUCCAUCCCAUAUUUUUAGUGACAGUGUUGUGGUUGGUAGGCAGUCUUGCAGUUGCGGUCGGUUAGGUUUUGGUAUCCACACUAAAUUAUCAGUGCUAGCAUUAUCAGCCCAUUCUGCUUCUAAGUGUUUCCAUUGAGGUGCUUGUGUACCUGGCCGUGCUUGAAUGAUACUACUUAGUAUGGUUGCGUGAUAGUAUUGUCUCAGGUUUGGCAUAUUCAUACCCCCUUCUUUGAGCGGUAAUUGCAAUACCUUUAGGGCUAUACGUGCCUUUUUGUCAUUCCAUACAAAUCUGGUUAUCCAGCGUUGGAUUGUGGCUAAAUACGUGGCAGGUAUAUGAAUCAUUAGUGAUCUGAAUAGGUAUAACAACUUGGGGAGAAUUAUCAUCUUGAUCGCUGCCAUGCGACCCGACCAGGAUAUGAAUGAUGUUUUCCAUUCUUGUAGUUGUUUUUUUAUUUCUAUACUGAGUUUGCCAUAAUUGGCAUUGAAUAGUGCGGUGUGCGAUUUUGUAAAACGUAUUCCUAGAAAUGUGAUGUAGUCAGUUCUCCAGUCGUAUGAGUAGGUGUUUUUUAAUUUAUGGGUGAUAUCUGGGGGGAGUAUUCUAGGGAGUUCUAAUGCCAGACCAGUAGAACAUUCCAUGGACAUUCCCCAUCAUAGUAUUAUCACCCUGGUGUAGAUAAUUAUAGACCACUUGUUUACUAGAAUGUGACCUAGGCAGCUUGGAAUCAAACAGUAUUUAUAUUAUUAGAUUAUUAGAGGCAAUAUUACAUAAUUACAGAAAAAUAUAUAUUUGUUAUCAUUGUGUAAAUAAUUAUUCAGUCUCUGCCCACACAUAAUUGCCUACAAUUUCCAAACAGGCAAUCUAGUACCCGGUGUCUUUUGCUUUCGGUUGGUACGUGCUAGAGUUGAAAUCAUGAGCAUCGGUUUUUAUUUUAGAUGCAUCAGUUGACUUCUGACAAAAGGGUCUUCAGGGCAUCUUGCUCAAUUUGUGAAAUAGCUUCUCCAAUAGAAGGAGUCUCACAAAUAUCACUGAUUACACUCAAAGGGGUUAUAGAAUUUAUAAAAUCUAUGAGAUUAGAACUCCAUAUACACUUGAAAUCUAGCUUUUAUAGGACUUUUAUACAAAGUACUUAGUAAGAUGAGGAGAUAAUUGGGGUUGAGAAAAAAAGUAGCUGAGAAGAAAUUGAAGUUUUAUAUAGUAGAAUAUAAACACCAUAAAAAUAUCAGUUGGGUUGUAAACAAGGGAGAAGAUCAAUAGGAGGUAGCUAAUUACAGGUACAUGAGAAACAUGCCCUAUACAGUAAUUUGGAGGAACAAUGGGUAUGGACAAGGCAGGUUAAUUGGUGCCUAACAGACAAUAAAGCAGUAGUCAAAUUAUUUCAUCUUGACUUCUCUGCAAACAUAGGAGGAAAAUUGACCUUGUUGGGGUAAUUCCUGAAAUGUAUUCUCCGGAAGAGAGUCUAACGGACACAAUGUGUGCUUAAUCAUCUCCAGUAUAUUUACAUAUUUUCUGAUUCUUUACCUUGUUUCAUUAGCAAGUGUGUCUUUCAAUAAAUAUUACAUAUAUUAAAUACAGGGUUUGUGCUUGUCCAUUUCAGAAGAUAUUGUCUUAACUACUUCUACUACAUGGAAUGUCCUGCCAUUUGCUUAGAGCCUUUUGUGCUAGUAAUUAAAAGAUUGUGUUCUUCAAAUUAUCUAGUCUUUUUUUUUUUGUCUUUCUUCUAAAAGCUUCACAACAUGUCAUAAUCACUCAUAGGUAUUGCAAGGCGGACCAUGUGCUUUCAUGAGACCCAUAGUUGGACAUGUUGCCUAGAGGCUAAAUGCUGAGUUCGAAAGUUCAUUCUAUCAGAAACCCAGUGUUUAUCCAAGCACAGUGUCAGAACAAGUCUGAACUAAUCACAUUUCUUGCAUAUCUCCCUGUCGGGUCCAAUGUUCAGACAAAGUCCUGCUCGUAAGGUGGCAAAGGUUGACUUGCUGCUAUCCUUUCAACCAGACAAACCCACUUUUUAAAGCAUUUUUAUUUUUUGUAAAAACUUGAACAAACAAAAUGCUGGAGACAAUGAAAAUGUCUUAGGACUGCGUUAGCCAAAUUCUCAUGGUUCCUCAAUAUAGUUCUAAACUUUGAUGUCUGCGUUCUAUGUGAAUUAUAAGAGAAAAUGAACUCUAUGGUCGCCUAAUUGUCUCAUAAUCUUUCCUUGAUCAACCAUUCAGACCUCAUAUAACUUUAUAUGGUCUACCUACUCCACAAUUUGUCUUAUGUAUAGCUACAGCUUUCCAGCAUAAGGGACUCUCUGGCUGUAUCUCCGACACAUAUAAUCUUGUUUCACUUAAUGUGGUAACCGUUGAAGACCCCUUUAGUAGGAACUCCAGGAUGGUUGAAAAGGGGAAUACUUUGUUCUACUGUCCAUUCCUGCUGCUUUCUGAGUUAUAAAAGAUCAAAAUUGUAUUCCUAACACAGUUCUGCCCUCCUCUCUCCCUGUAAUAAUAAAGGGUUUUAAAAAAAACACGAAAAAAAUAAAAUCUUUUACACCUACCCUAUUUCAGCACCAUUUCCUCGGUGCUAAGUAGCACUCUUCACUCCUCUUCCGACAUAGUUAACCCAUUGGCAUGUGUGAUGUGCAUUUGCAGAAAGUGCUGCCUGUGCAUUAGGCGUUCCCCAUUCCCUAUAGGGAUUUUCUGGGAUUCCCAGCAUCAUUUGAUGGAAUCAAACUCUGUGAAACUUCAGGAAGUACCUCUAGUGGCUGUCUGGUAAACAGCAGUCUUAACCCUACAAUAUAAACAUUUUCUGUAAACCUUCAAUGUUUUACAUUGCAGGGCUAAGUGGGACACACACACUGUGCCCAGACCACUUCAAUGAGCUGAAUUGGUCUGGGUGCCUAUAAUGUCCCUUUAAAUCCUCCAUUCUAACUAUGGCUUUGCUUCUUCACCAUGACACCCAACUCUUCCAUCGCAGGCUGGUGUUGCAUGAAGGACCAUAUACCCCACUCCGUUCUUAUACCCCAUAUCCCAGCCCUCUUAACAAGUGGCUCCUUCUGCCAUAUACAUUUAUAUCCAGAUGAAUGGAUUAAGUUUCAUCAGUAAGCACAAUGUACCAUAUUGUUCACUGGCCUUUGAUUGUCUAGGUUUUAAUGGAAAUAUAUAUCAUUAUAGUCCUGUAUAAUAGCCUUUGGACUUCUGUGGCUAGAUGAAUUCAGGGAAACCAGUGAUCCCAUUGUACAGCGCUGGCGCUAGAUAAAUAAUAAAAUAAGCGUGAUAAAUGUAAGUGCAAUCAGAUAAGCAAGGAUUUUAAUACGUUUUCUGGGCAAUAAAAGGAAAUUUAGUAACAAAGCACGGCUUGCACAAACAGGUCAGGUUUGGGUCCUGGAGUGGAGAGGACAACCCAGGUUUUCAGAAAUAUAUUUAGCAUGUUGCUAACUUGCCCUUAUUCACUACAUCAGCACUGUGAAGCUUUGAAAAGGAAAUUGGCAGUUUAGUAAAAAAAAAAACCUCGAGUUCGUUGUUUAAAAUAUCCAUGAAAGAAAUGUUUGGGAUAUUUUCUUCCAGUAUUUAAGUGCUGACCCAUUCUAUUGCCAUGUGAUAGAACCAGUUUGUUGUAUUUACCAGGCCCAUGGAAGCAGAAUGUUUAAAGUGCAGCUUCCCAAUUUCUUUCAAUUUUUUUAUACAAAAUAAUAGAACACAAAAUAACGCAAUCUAAAUAUGAAAUAUCCGAGAGAUUGCCCGUUUCAUUGUGCGCUAGUUCUGAUUGGUGAUGACUUUCUUUAUUAUAUAUGACACGAGUCUGCAGUCUCAAGUAUGUUUUAUAAAAUGUGCGAUCAUAAAUCUGUUUCCAAGCUGUGCAGAUAAUGUUUACUGAGAAUGAUCAUAGGAUUGUCAGUGUGAUUAUUUGACCAAUUUCAGAAACUUCACUUUUAUGUGUUUGUUUUAGAGAAAUUGUUUUUUGUUUUUUGUUUAUGCUGUGAAGCCCUACAUAUUUCUUUCUUACCCGUUCUGCUUUGUCUUGUUUUUUACUAGAACAUCGAUUCACCAGAUGUCACGCCAAAUCGGAACCUAUGCCUUACUCAGCUUCCCACCCUACCACCUCACUUGCUGCUGAGCGCUCCUUGUCCCCACUCACGGAACAAGAAGGGGAGACUUACCUAGAGAAAUGUGGCAGCAUCCGUCGACACACUGUGGCCAAUGCUCACACAGACAUUCAACUUCUAGCCAUGGCCUCCAUCAUGCAUCCAGCAAGGUCGGAUGAGUCUGAAAUUGGGGAACAAUGUCUCCUACUGCAGCCUGGCUUCAACUCACGACAGUGUAACAGUGAACCAAACAUUGCAGACGACCCCGGAGAUAUGCUGUCCGAUUCCCUACAGGAGAACACAGAACAGGAUUCCAUGUCUUCUAGCUGA